AUGGCGGCCUCCGCGAUAGAGGAAAGUGAAGUAGUGACAACUUUGUCGGUUACUUUGAAUAUUUCUAAAGAAGUAAUUGCCCAGAUUGCCAGCUCAAGUGAAGAUGCAGCUACCGUUCUCCGUAAGGUUAAAGAAGUUUUUGAUGAACGUGCGUCUAACGAUGAGAAAUAUCGCGCAGACAUGGCGAACCUUCGACGUGCUCGUGUGAACGCAGGUUUGUGAUUUCUGAAAUAAUUCUGGCGCUUUAACUCGUUUCAGAAAAUGUAGAAGAAAAUUGAAACGUGCGAAUUGUUGCAGUAAACUGAUGCGCAGCAACUUCCUAUAGCAGGACAUAUUUUAACAGAAACUUUAUCGACGUUCAUGCAUGCAGUCGUUCUACCUUUAAAAUGUUAAAGUUCAUGAAAAUAUAAGCUUAAGGUUAAGCUUAAACUAGAUUUAAGAGUAAGGUUUACUUUUGCAAACUUGUUAAAACGAGAGAACAUCUUCAUAUUUAGCGUUACAAUCGUUAGUAACUUAAGGAAGUGUUCCUUUCUUUCGAAUUUUCCUAGGCUAGUAGACGAUGUAGAUAGGGCCAUGCACUGUAAUCACAAACCCAAGGUUGAGCACAGGCGGCCCAAGCUCAGUGUGUGAGUUUAAUCAUUAACACAUGUAGUUUUAUGUUGUGUAAUUUAAAAUGGCCGUGAAUAUAAAGGAUUGCCAAGCCAAGUGGCAGUUUGUUUUUCAAAAUCCAAGACAAAACGACGCCGAAGGGGCGAGUACAUUUUCACCACAACACACAACCGUUGAAAACCCGGUUGGUAACCCUGCCUCCUCUACAAAUUAAACCUCACCUGGGUACCACACCGUCACUUGUCAUCGACAAUUUGUGAGUCGAACUCUCUUAUCAAAUCUACCCGAGGGGAGCCGGGGUUCGAAUCAAAAAUUGGCGAUGACAAGUUUUCAACGGUUGUGUGUCGUGGUGAAAAUGUACUUGCCCCUUCGGCGUCGUUUUGUCUUGGAUUUUGAAAAACAAACUGCCGCUUGGCGUCGGUUGCAGUGGCUGGAUUGCUCGGCUAAUGAGAUGAAAUGAAACAAGGACAUAUUGGCUCGUAUUCGGCGUUUGAUUUGUGGCUGCUUGGCCAUUUCAAGCUGAGGAUUUUUCGCCUCUCGCAUGGGGCAUCCCGAACUGGACUGUGAAGCCUUGUCCUUUCUCUUACAGUGGAAACUCGGGGUUAAAGGGAAUCGCUUAAAUCGCAAUAGAUCGGAAAAAUAACCACACAGCAAACAAAAACAAGCACAGUAAAUAUGAUAAGCUGUAUUUUAUUGAACAUUUUAGCGAGUAUUUAUCGAUUUGAAUCUUUUACCUGAAUUCCCAUACAAAUCCUUUAUAUUCACGGCCAUUUUAAAUUACGCAACAUAAAACUACAUGUGUUAAUGAUUAAACUCACACACUGAGCUUGGGCCGCCUGUGGGUUGAGUUAAGUUAACUGAACAUGUGAAAGUUUUGCUUCCACACAGAACAACAAUUUAGCCAGAUUGAGAAGCAGCUCAUUUCGUGCAAUGCCAGACUUGAAUCGGAGCAAAAGCAACAUGCAAGACUUCAAAAAGAACAUGAGGAAACAGGUAAUGUGCAACCUGAUCAAAUGAACAGCCAACAAUGUACAGUGUAUAUACGAAACGUUGAUGAUGGUCAAUGAAUUUGCUUAAAUGUAAAUCAAGGAUGAAAAACUAAUUGUUUAACUUUUUAUUUGUUGUAAUUUAUUUCUUUGUCUGCUUAUGAUUUGUCUCAUAUGUAUAGUGGUAUCAGUAACAACUCUUCACAGGGGUGUCUCAAAAACUUACCUUGAGAAAUAAGACUUCAAAACAAGGUUUUCAAUAAGGUUUUAAGUUGGUGGCAAAAGCUUUGGAGUAGGCAGAAAAGUAAAAAACUUGUGCCAUAGACACCAUUUGCAAGUGCCAAGGUGCUAGCUCCUAGUGGGGUCUGGGGCAUGUCUUGGGAAAAAAUGUUGAAAUCUGGACCUCUUAGAAUGCAUUUGCAGGAUUCUGGAGCAAAAAUUAGACUGUUUGAACAGAACAUAGACAUCACUAAAUUUUGGCUUUUUUACUCAGCGACAGCACAUGAAUACUCAAUUUUUGUUAUUAUCCUCUUGCCAAUAGCCAUGAACAAGAGAUUGUCUCUUGCUAUGAACCAUUGGCUCAGUUACUGAACUAAAUUCUUGCAAUAAUCGCGAUGCUUUUUAAGCUGCAAAUGAACCAAUAAAUGACGGAAAUGUAAUUCUUUAAAAACUGGUGUUUGAGGAUUAUUAAACUAAAAACAACGGACAUGUAUAGACGCUUUUCUUGAGGGCGAUUCAGGUCAAGCAGAGUUCUUUGUGUUUUCCUUGCUGUGGACUUGUCGUGAACUCUGCUUGACCUUGCCAUACAUUGAGAGAAGGCAUGGAAAUUUACGCACAUGCUGUGCUGCUUUGUCACCCAGACCCAACGGUUUUGGGGAAAUGCAAGUUGCUUAGGAGGGUGUUUUGCUCUAAUGAUUGAAUGAAAGCUACUCAAAAUUAUGGAAAGACUUUUUGGCUUUUCAUCAACAAAACUUUACCGAUCCAAGGUUUGUGUUCUGGGGCGAAUGUUUCUCAUGUUAUUUGUAAAACUGGGGUAAUUUCCAAAGAAAAGUAGGCAGCAAGUUCACGUAAAAUAGCCGGCAAAUUUCACUGGAGGCCGGCUCUUAUUGAAACCCCUGUGGGACAAAAACUAAUAUCUGGCCCAAACACUCAGACUUCAAAAAGGAGGACCUGUCAAAACCAAGAGUGCUAAAAAAGAACCACUAAAAUAAAGUAAAAUGGUUGCUUUAAAAUGAAACUAGGGUAUUUACUGUGAUAUGGCAAGCUGCAACAUUUCUAGCAUUGUCCAAAGUGACACAACCAUUCGGUCCUACUCAAUCGAAAUGAUUAGAUUCAACUUUGAGUUCGGGAAUCCAAUACAAACAAAUAUCACAGAGAAAAAUUGACCUAUCAAAUCAAUCAAACUAUGACUGUCAGUUCAGUUAGGCUCAAGGAGUGACAGGCCGCACAUUUUCACCGGCAUAAAACUUUUGAACAUUGAGAUACCCUCCCAUUAACUACUUUUCCAUCUCCGCUUCUGCUCCUGUCACCAAGUUUCUGGGUGGCUCCUAAUAUUCAAGAUAGCAACACAUACACUCGGUGAUGAUGGGAACUUGAGCACCAAUGGUAUACCCGCGCUACAGUCCAGCCUUACAGUAACAAUUCACCAAUAAAAAUAAUAAUGACGCUUGUGAGAAAAAUAUAUUUUUAUAGCACUACAUUUGGGCAUAUUAACGCAAGUAGUCUUUCUCAUUCAAAACUGAGUGAAAACAGCAUUUUAUCAACAGUACAGCUUAAGCCUUUAUCCAUUCAUAAUCUUUGGUUAGUUUUCGAGGUAUUACUUUUUGAGACAGGUCUUGGUCUUACAGGUCUUACAUUUAGAGGUCUCACAAAUGGAGGUCUUAGACAACCCUCCUCACAAUGAAAAUGUUUCGCCCAAAGCAAUUUCACUAUAAACCUCUUAUAUGCAUGUAGUUUUAAUAAUACAGUGUAUAUGUUUUUCUAGGGGAAAUUUACAUCUCAAAAUGCUCAAGUUUUUUCCACUUAUCAUAAAGAUGCUACAGAUGAGCAAAAUUUAUUUGGUUGUACUGAUGAUAUGUUCUAUUCAACAUUUUUGUAGUUACUACCCUCACUGAAAAACAAAAACGGCUGCAGGAAGUUGAAAGCAUCAAAGAAGAUGCUUCUGCAAAUUAUGUAAGUUACAUGUAUUGUAUUAUUUGUCUUGUCCAUAAAAAUGAUUUUAUUCCUUGUGACUCUUGAAUUCAACGAUGGAACAAUGUGGGAAUAAAGUGUAAUAAUAGUUAUGGGAUAUGAAAGGGGUUAUGUCACACUUCUUGCUACAUGUAUCUUUUUAAAAAGCUGAAUUGGUCUUCACAUCCAUUGAAUUCCAAAAAUAAUGGUCCAGUUCUGUAACACUUUAUUUAAGCAUUGAAACUGUGUCUUGUCUUAUGUUGUUAUCAGGGUUUGCAUGCAUCUUGAAAGUCGUUGAAUUUAAAAAAAAAAUUCAAGGCCAUGAAAGUCCUUGAAAAUUGCAGUCGGUGCCAGAAGGUCCUUGAAUUUCAGUGCUAAUUUUAUAGUUAAGUUGAACUCCAAAGAAAAAGGAGCAAACAAAGAAAGACCUUCGUGAUAAAAUUACUCAUGUUGUGGAAGAACUAAAAAAGGAAUAGACUCAAGGCUCUUUUUUGCACUGAAUGGAGUCCUUGAAAAAUGGGAAAUGUGUCCUUGAAAAGUCCUUGAGUUGUUUGUUCAAAAGAGGGCACGAACACUGUGUUAUAGAUGGCAAGGGACAUGGACUGCAAAUUUUUGAAAAACAGGCCAAUGUUUUUAAAGUUUUAUGUAAUGCUAAACCUUAGAAAAUGAACAAAAAAUAUUAUGUUCAGUGCUCCCUAAUGAAACUUGUUUGAUGUCUUUUUCAUAACUCUACAGUCAGCAUUUUUGUAUGCUGGGUAAAUGCACUAAGCAGUGACUGUAAUAUCCUUGUGACAGAGCUAGCCGUUCAAUAUAUUAGUUUAUUAUAUUAGCACUAAUGAAAUACCAGGUGAGCUUUCGCGCGAAAACAUGAUAUCUUCACAUGUGAAAAUAACAUAUUAUCUUCACACAUGAAAUAUGACUGUUGCUAUGGCUACAUAAUAAAUCACUCCUUUCACAGCAAAACUAUUAAAGUGAAAUGGUUUGGUAUUUCAUUGGUGUUUGUGUAACAAAAUAGAACAAUGAUCUCUUGGAAAUACAAAAUUUCUCUUCAAGUGUUGAAAAAUGUUUCAUAUUUUUUAACACUUGAAGAGAAAUUUCGUAUCUUGGAGCGGCCAUGUAAUAUCCUCUCUAUUUCAUUGUUGUCUUUUUAGUCAAGAGUCUCAAGACUCAAUGAACAACUUGAAUCUGAAAAGCUUGAAUUGCUAUCUGUAGUGGAAAGGAAAAACCAGGAGAUUGACAGGUUAAAUGGUAAGGCAACUCUUUCAUUGCAUUUUGAUUUUAAACAUCAUUGUGACUGAAUGAACAUUAUUUAUGAAAAAAGGUACUCUUAAUAAUUAUUUUUUUAUACCAGUAAUCUUUAUGGCCUUUGUUAAAUAAGUUGAGUUUUCUAAUGGUACAUACUAUUUGUAUAGAAGGUACAUAUGAUUUGUGGUCAAUUCAAUAAAACAUUUACAUGUACAAGUGUAUGUGAUUUACAAGUGUAACUAUGGUUUUCAGGCUUCAUUUAUAAUACAAUUGCUACAAUUUUAAAUUACACUGUACAUUUAUAAGAGUUUUAUACAAUUGGCUCGUGGUAAUAACAAAGUUCAAAAAAGCUGUGAACAGCAUAGCCUGAGUUUUUUUAGCUGUGAAUAAGAGAACAAACAUGUAACCAGUGAGAGAAAGGAAAACUUUGUUUUAGAGGGCUAAUGGUUAGAAGACCAGAUUGUCAAUUUGUUAAUAGUAAUACUUAUAGAACACCAUUUUCCCAUGAUGUAUUACACUUUUAGAGGUUGACAUAAAUAGGAUUAAAUAUAAUUUAACAUAGUUAAUGAUUUGUAGCAAGCUGUCCAAGCAGUAGAUUUGGCAUGGCAUUAGUGUUUAUGGACAUAUUAUCUGGUGUGCUGGCAGAUCUCUUAUUUAACAUUCUGGUGCAUAUCAUUAUUGUGUUAUUGUUUUUGGCCUAGUUAAAGGGCCUCCAGCAUUUGCUUUGUCAGCAGUUUCUCGCAUGGUUUAUGUAUUCAGUACUCAGACUGUUCUGUGCUCAUGACAUUGUUUUCUCGCAUUUUUGUCCUUCUCUUUCCCUUUCUCCAUCCCUGUAUCUCCCUGCAGUUAGGUGUUGUAAUUACAUUUACUAAGUUGUUUUCCGCUGAACUUCUUGGCUCUCGGUGACAGGUUCUAGGGAUUGGGGGUGAGGGGGGGGGGGGGGGGGGGGGGGGGGGACCCUGGGGGGGUUUGGGAAGGGGGGGGGUUAUGGUUGGCCACCACACCUCGUUUGUGGGUUUCCAACCCUCUCUCAGUGACUUUCCCUUUCCCGCCAAUUUUUUGUUUUUUUUUGUUUGGUUUUUUUUUUCUUUUCUCUGUUUUUGUUUUUUUUUUUUUUUUUUUUCUUUUUUUUUUUUUCUCUUUCUCUUUCCCCUCCCCCCCCUCUCUUUCCUUGUUGUGUUUUUUUUUUUUUUUUUUUUUUUUUUUUUUUUUUUGGGGUUGUGUUUGUGGGGGGGGGGGGGGGGGGGGGGGGGGGGGGGGGGGGGGGGGGGGGGGGGGGGGGGGUGAGGGCACAUGGCUGGGUUUCAGGAAGGGCAGGCUUAUAGUGUGCUCCACAAACCUGUCUUCAGGGUAUCCAACCUCCAUUUGCAAGUUUGGCACUGCCCAUCAAAUUGUACUCUAUUGAAGGCACCUUACAAGUACAGUAACAUUACAAGAACUAAGAUGUCACACUGAAGAUUUAAACUCUCAAUUUGGUUUUACAUUGAAAGUAUUACUUACUUAACCGGCUCUGUAUUUGUGUCAACAGAGGAAUGGAAGACAAUGUCAGAAAAGCUUUCAGAAGCUAACUCAGUCAAGUGUGAAGCUCAGGUUAGUAUCAAUAGUAGAGAAAAAAAUGGAAAUUAGAGUCAGUACAGUGUAGUUGCACAUUAUAUAUUGUUUUUGUUUUUAUAUGCAAGUUGUGCUGCGGCAACUCACACAUUACUGUUAUGUUUUAUGAGUUAAGCCUUACUUUCAAUGCCACCCUUCAUGAAGAGUUAAUAAAGGGAGUUUUUGUUCAAGAGAGGUUUUUUCAAGAAUGCAAGUGUAUUUUCAUAGCUAAGCGGAACUAUUCAGAGUACAUAAAAUAAUUAUGAGCUCAUACAGUUUUACCCAGCCUUGCUCUGUGAUGCAGUGCAGCUGAGUGGUCAGAACCUUGAACCCGCAGUCUGGAGGUCUUGUAUUUGAGUCCUGCUCUGACCAAUAGUUAGAUUAGUUUCUCACGAGUUAUGAGCUCAACUCCUUAGUUACUGAAUGCUUGUAAAUAACCAAUUUGUGGCUUCCUGCCGCGGGGGGUUUUUAAUCCCUGUAAUAUUCUACAUUUUACGCAUUACUUUUCUCAAAUAAUGUGAAUGAUCCGCCUGUAAACUACAAUCAUCGUCAAAAGUGUUGGGAAGGUUGCAUUUUUUACCUCUUCUUUUUCUUCCUCCCCCCACCCCUGGCCCAAUGUUGAUCAAAACGUUAGUGUUUGUGCGCGCAAUUGUUCUGUUAUAUCCCAACAUUGAAUAGGGGGAACGGGGGAUAUUUAGCAAAAGAGAAAACUCUGUUUUUUCAGGAUUAAAAUGGACUACUGUUAAGUUGUACAACCUUCCCAACUAAUUUUGUCUGUGAUUGUCUGAAAAUUCUGGGUGUGGCAGUAAAAGGUCAAAAAUCGACGACUUUUUGUCAGUAGAAACGUCUUCAAAAAACACUCGUAAACAGUACUCUGUUGAAAAAAGAUAUUUGCCGUACCUUGUUAAGACAAUUUUUGGCGCAGACGCCUGUUUAUAUUCGGCAUGUUUUGCAACCCGGUAAGUACAACUAUUGCUCUUUCCGGGGCACAGGAAGAGCCAAAAUACAAAUGCAAGAUUAUUUUCGGUGAAAGCUAUUGACUAUAGCAUAGGCUGAUAUGUUUUAAAUGUUAAAGCAAGAUAUAGUGCGUUCACCAGUUCCCCAAAAAAUCAUUCGGAUCGCUACAUUGCAGCUGACAUAUUCCUUAGCAGCUCCCCAUUCUUUACAACAUUCAGCACAUGUCCAUUUGCCACGCGAGCAAACUAUGAGGCUGAGUGGAAAUUUGCUGAAUUCUAGAGGCUACUUUCUCUGGCUGAAUAACUCUAGUUAAGCCCUUGUGGCACCGCUUUUCGAAACUGGUUUCAGAAAACGAGAACAAAGUACGCUCUUGAUUUAGAUUAAGGCGUCUAUUGUCUUCGUUAACCUAAUUAAAAAGGAUAACACACGCAAAGUCAUCACACACCACAUUACUCCAUUUUCGUAGCCGAAAAUAAUUCCUUUAUAGUAGCGCUAACGACAAAAUAGCCUAAUUGACUUGUUCGGGGCUUUGCAAGGACUUAACCAAACGAAUUUUAAUAGACAUUUUAGCUUAAUUCUAAGUAAAAUACGACAUUACUCCAUGGGUAGCGUUAAAAUUAAACUAACUUUGCUAAUUGACCUUUAUAGGGCACUGUUUAAAUGGAGUAAUGUUGGGAAACAGUUGUUAAAUUUAUCCCCGUAGAUAAAUGCGACAAAAGCUGUCCAUAUUCUUACAUGGUUUACAUGUUUUUGCCCUUUUCUUGUUUGAAAGUUGGUUCAUUGAGCAUAUAUUUCGCAUUUUCUUAUGGAGUAAUGUGGUGGAGGAAUGUGGAAACCCAUGUUGUUUACUGUUCUCAAAUUAUCUGAAUGAUUGACAGGCGACGGUAGCACAGCAAUUUCUAUAUGAACUCUGAACAUGGCUGAAUAAACUCUUUUAUAGAGGUUCCGUAUUACCUUCAGGCCUUACGAAAAUAAAGUCUAGAAGAUUUUAAUUCAGCACUUAUCUCACUCCUCCCUCGCAACUACAAACAUCAUGUUUUUCUAGGAUAGUUUAACACCGCCGGAAUGAAAAAAAAAAACUUUAUUGUGGCAGCCUUUAUGCCAUUUCUAUUUGUAACAUCUUUCAAAACAUUUGGCUGAUAGGAAACAGCAAAAGUUAACCAGGAAUAAUACCGCUGAUGAAAAAGAUGCAUGUAUACAUGACAACGACUGUAAUCGUAUAGUAUUUUUUGACUUAAAAAUACUCUCAUGACUUUUCGCUAAAUCUGGUGAAACAGACAACCUGUGGCCAUUCCUUCUACAUAGUCCACGCGAAGGAAACGUCCUCUUGCUUCAUGAGGAAAAUUAAAGGCCUUAAAUGUUUUCUUCUGGCGUUCUUAGAAGAAAGCGAUUUCACCCAGUGGAUUUUGUGGUCACGCUAUGAAAUGUCACGCGCGUCAGAUGCAAAAUUCUCCUACAUGUAUUUAUGAUUUUACCGAAAUAUAACCUUUAUUAUAUUUUUUAUAUAGUUUGGAAAGUGCAUUAUCAGUACAGUUCCAGGGCGAGAUAUCUCAACCAAAUGUUAAAUGCGACAAGUUUUAUAAGCGUUUAAAGUUGAUUUCCUAUUCUUUUACAAUCAUCGUCAAAAGUGUUGGGAAGGUUGCAUUUUUUACCUUUUCUUUUUCUUCCUCCCCCCACCCCUGGCCCAAUGUUGAUCAAAACGUUAAUGUUUGUGCGCGCAAUUGUUCUGUUAUAUCCCAACAUUGAAUAGGGGGAACGGGGGAUAUUUAGCAAAAGAGAAAACUCUGUUUUUUCAGGAUUAAAAUGGACUACUGUUAAGUUGUACAACCUUCCCAACUAAUUUUGUCUGUGAUUGUAGCUAGGGAAGCUUACUGCACGCACUUCCACUAUAAACAAUGAAUUUACAUUUUACUUCUCCUUCUAAAAAAUGAUUAUGUCUUUGCUCUGUAGGCUAAACUAAAUCAUAUUGAAAGUCAGGAAACUUCAUUUAAGGUAAUUCUCACUUUUUGCCAGGCUAAUGAUCCAUACUAUACAUGGCUGUAGUUUAACUGUAAUGAUCCAUACUAUACAUGGCUGUAGUUUAACUGUAAUGAUCUAUACUAGUACAUCGCUGUAGUUUAAGUUUAAUGAUCUACACUAUACACUGUACAUAACUGUAGUUUAACUGUAGUGAUCUAUACUAGUACAUGGCUGUAGUUUAACUGUAAAUUUUUACUUUUUUCCUGGUAUUUUUUCUAUCCUUAUCUCAGUUUCGUGAAAAGAGAAUUGAACAAGAAAAGGAGCUUCUUCAGAAACAGGUCACAUGGUCGAAUGAAGAACUCAAGACAAAAACUGAGGAGUUGGUGAACUUACGUAAAGAAAAGGUACCUGUACACUUACACAGUGAAAAACUGGAAUGAUGUACCUGUGUGUCAUUUUUUUGCAUAUCUUGCUUAAUUCAAUGUGACUGAAAAAUACAAAAUGUGCCAAAUGCACACCACUAUUGAUUGAUAUAUUUAAUAAGUCAUUUACCACAAGAUAAAUACAGUUAAUGGAACAGAAUACCUAAGAGGGAAAGGCUGAGUAGUGACAUUAACAUGUACAUGUACUAGAAAUUUUAAAGAGCACAGGAGAAGUGCUUGAGCUUCUCUCACCUCUCAGUGUCAUACUGUCAUGUAUUAAAUAUUUAUGAACAUAGUGUUUUCAGUGUUGUUGUUAAUCAUUAUUAUUUUAUAGUCUUCUCAAGUGUUAGAACUUCAGACUCAGUUGGAUGAGAGGACUGAAGAGGUAUGAACUAUUUUCUUGUCAACCAUAGCCUACGUUCACACUGCACCAGACAAAUUUUCAACCAGCUGAAAAAUUGGAAUGAAUAUGUCUUUCACACAGAACCAUUCAAAAUUUUUGCUCUCUUCACAUGAAACAUUGAAUGGCAUCUAAAUUUUGGUAUGGUUAAGGUGGUUCCGUGUGAACAGAACACUUUAACACGUGAAUUUUCAGCUGGUCAAAAAUUUCGCCCAGUGCCAUGUGAGUGCAGCAAUAGGUUAGUGAAUUAGUUAUAAUGCAUAUUUUGCAUUUAAUUAUAUCAUCAUCGUCCAGUGUUUCUCCCUUUAUUGUAACAAAAGGAAGCAUGUGUUUAGCUGAACCCUCUGUUGUUCUUCUGCCAUUGCAGCUGUCUCAUCUCAGGACAUCAGCAGAAGCUUUGAAAGAGAGCAACACUGACAUGAGCAACAAGGUGGAAAGCUACAUGCAGAAAUUAAAGGAGGUAAGUCAAUCAGAUUAACCUUUAACUUUGCAGAUGGAUAUGGAUGCUGAUAAAAACUGAAUGGAGACACAUAUUUACAAGUUAUUAUUGUAAAGUUGUUCUGAGGCACAUUUGUAGGUGUAGAUAAGACAGAAAUGAAGGCACUGAAGCUUGCUGGUAAUUCAGUUGUUUUUUUUUUUAAAUUAUUUUUUAGGCUCGUGAACAGUUGGUCAAGAUUGAAGAUCACUUCAAAACAGAACUGGCCUCACAGUCAAAGCUUGCAGUUCUCUAUAAAGUGAGUGGGUUGUCAGUACUAAGUUAAUUGUUGUGGCACGCAAAAAUCCUGCAGAUCAUGAAGUCAUUAUUUUUGAAGUAUGGGCAGGCGCUCUGUAAUUUGCUUGUCAAUGUUUUGAAUUAUGGUAAUUUCCAUUUUCUUUGGCCUGUUUGACUUAGUCAUGCUCAUUGUGUAUGGUUUGAAAAGAUCUCUUCCCCUUGAGGUGUCAAAGUUGUUUUAAACAGUGAAAACUGUUGCCAUCACAUUCAGUACAUAGGACAUGGAUCUAUACAGGUGGUUAAGGUGUGAAUGGGUUAAAAUGCUUGUUUUUGUUUCUGUCCCUGGGCCUGAGAUUAAACUACAGUAUCAUUAUUCAAUACUAUUAUUUAUGAUACGUUAUUUAUUGUUGUGUCACCCCUUUAAAGUCCUUUUGAUUUCACAACUCUUAACCAUGGUCUUGCAACUCACGAGUCUCAGGGCUUGUCGGACUUAAGACUGAAGACUCAAUUCAUGAAAGUUUCAGAGAUGGAGAUUCAAGUCCUGAAUCUUGAAAAUUGAGACAUAAGUGACUGUCGACCAUAAAUUCAAGCAGUAUUGUACUUCAACAAACAUCAAUGAUAGUCCAGUCUUUCUGUGUUGUCAUCUUACAGACAGUACUUAAUUCUAACAUCAAGUUGAUGCUUUCAUUAAUAUCUAGGAUAGUGCUGAUGAAGCCAAGAAGAAGAGUGAAGAAUUGUUGACAGCUUUUGAGGAACUUCAGAAAUUACUUAAAGAAGCAAAAGAAGGUACAUUAACGGUACAAUAUUACUUUCUGGACACUGUUCAAUAUUUUAAAGUAGGAAACAUACUUUGGAAAGUGAAGGAAUUGCUUUAAUUCAAUUAAUUACAUUAAAUAUAGAUGACUCAUCACACCAUUUUGAGGUAUUCAGACCAAUUGUGUUUUCCUACUUAUGACUUAAAUGUUAUUACAUGUACAUAGGUCGUCUUGAACUUGACAGUAGAUUACAGGAGCAGGAGAAUUCACAUGCGGAAAAGACUAAAGAUUAUGGUGAGUGUCUUUCAAUGUGCCAAAUAUUACCUUCUGAAUCUUUGAGACCUAUUCCAUUGUAUUUAACUCGAAGACACAGAGUAUUUAUUGAUGAUCACAUAUUAACCUUCCACACGUAUAAAAAUGUAAUCUCAGGCCCUAUCAUUUUAUUUUUACAGAGGAGAGGUUGAGUAAAUUGGAGAGAGAGCUGGAGAAUGCAAAUGACCUACUAGCUGCAGCAAGACAAAGAGGUAAGAACAAAAUUGAAAAGAAGUGCUUGCAAAUUGUGAGGGACCACGGAUUUCUGGAGGAGUUUGAAUUGUUUAUCACUUGAGCUCAUUUUGGUUUUGUUGAAGAUGUUAUUUUUGCUCACUUACAUGUAUUUUACCUAAAAUUUCAUUAGUUUUGCUGUGUAUUCAUUGGCUUGUUUUAUCACUGUCACUUCAUCUUCAGGUGUAGCUCCUCUGACACCAGCUGAGCUAAGCACUCUUUCUCCCACUGCUGCAGCUACAAGUUCAUUCUUAAAAUCCGGAAUGACACUUACACAGGUAUGUACAUGCUGUAGUCCUUAAUUAAUAUCUAUUAUGAUAUAAUAGUGUCGAGGCAUGGAGGCGCGGGGAUCAAGCCUUGCCCAUCACAUUGUUUCCUUAGACAAUUAACUUUGCUCUACUUUGUCUCUCUUCACCCCGGGGGUAACCCUGAAUGGACUAGCAUCCUGUCCAUCGGGGAGUAGCAAUACUCCUAGGCAUGCUUCAUGCUAAGGAAACUGGGAUAAGCUGCGGCCGUUUGGGCCUUUGGCUAAUGUAUGCCUUUACUUAUGUUAUAAUAAUGUGGCUCUAUCCCUACUGCAAAUUGUUGUACAGUAUGCCACAAUGAAGUUGUGAUCUGACAGAAAGUUAACAGUAAAGCCUAUUCAGAUGUACAUGUAUCCAUCGUGCCAGUAAAAUGUCACUAAAAAGGACAUAAUAUGUUGGGCCUGGUUAAACAUUUUUAUUUGGUAAUUUUGGGUUGGAUAAUGUUUGAGUUAAAGUACUGCUCAAUAGUAUAAUAAUAUUGUAAAUGAACAAGCAUACUUUUAUGCCUAGUUUAACUUGGUGCAAACUCCUUAUAAUUAACCAACAACAGGUCUCUUACUUUUGAGGAGUGCUGAAAAAUGGUUUGUUCAUGUGUGUAAUGAUCCAUUUCACAGCAUGGUGGUCAUUUUUCACAUGCAGACCACCAGUUUUGACAUGCCUGACCAAUGCCAACAACAUAAAUCUUUUUUAUCCUGUUCUUAGGGUUAGCAUGCAUGUUGUACAGUGUUGGUUUCUCUAAUUGAAGUGCUUUAAAACCAACACUGCCCCAUAUGGUCCAAUGCUGUUGGAUCAGUGGGGUUGAAUAGUGCUUUAGCUAUUUGUGUUUGUGUUAGCCCUUACAAACUUUGUAAAGUGAGAUUUACAAGUCAAAUUUUUACCCUGAUGAAAAUGCAGGGAAAAAUGCUGCAGCUACGCAGAGUCAGCCCAAUGCAGGUUCAGCAUUAUGUUAAAAAAUAUGCAAAGUUUCUCUUGUUGUAAAAAAAUGGUUUAGUCAGAAUUUCUGUUUAUUACAGAUUUAUAGCCAGUAUGUAGAAGUCUCAGAUUCAUUACAGCAGGAAAAAGAUGAAAAUAUUCGGCUAAAGCAGUACUUGGAUCAGAUACUAAAGGUAUAUUAUUAGUAGUAGUGUAGUAUUUCAUUGUUUUAAUCAAUUUAAUAGAGGCAGUCACACAGCUGGCUGGAAUGAGUUCAUUUGCCAGGGACAUCUGAAAUCCAAAAACAAAUCUUUGCAGAAAUUGAAAAAAAGUCUUCUCCCCACACGUAAUAGACUGAAGUGAACACAGGCACGGAUUCACACUAAAUAAAUAAUAUUAAUUUUGCUUUGUACUCUUGUAGGAAAUAGAGGAGAAGGCUCCUGUGCUUCAACAGCAAAGAAGAGACUACGAACAGGCUUUAAACAGUGUUGAUCAACUUUCCAGAAGGCUUGAUACAGCCCUUGUGGUGAGUAUAAAUUUUUCAAAACAUGUUAGGUCAUUAGGGAGUGAAAUGUUUUCAUUGGACAAGAAGAUGCUCACUCUUCCUUUGCUGUGAACAUAAUGUCUUUUUUUAAGUGAACAUGUAUCUUUAUCCUAGUUCGGUCAUACUUUACUUUUACUUAGUAUUCAGUCCUUUCACAUUCCUGCUGUAGUACUUUAACAUCAUUGAUUUUAAUACUAUAAUAGUGCAUAAUUGUCACUUUGGUAGUCUAUCACAACAAUGACAACAACACCAACAAAGGAAAGUAAAAUUCAGUGAGCAAAGCCAUAACUCUGUUUAAAAUCUGUUCUUAGGGUAAACCUUGUGAAUGGUAAGGGCUGGGAAACAGAGGAAAUUUGGAAUCAAACUUGUUUGAAUACUGGCUCAACCUAAGAACAUACAUGACCUACAGCUGUAUGCUGUACAACAAUCACACUUUUUGGUACAUCUCUCUGUUAUCCACUGCACGACUUUCAUGUGAAAUGUCCCAGUGGCACAUUUUGUGUAGGACGUUAACUAAUGGCAGAGUUAAUUCUCUUUUUUUAAACUUGAAUGGAAUCCUCAAUAAUCCGAUUCAAGAGAAAUUCACCUACAUCUUGACAAAUUGAGCAAGUUGCAGUAAGUUUGAAGAAGUCUAAAAGAAUGCAAAUUCACUGCCCUGGUAAUGUUACAUCUGCAGUCAUGAUCUUGGUUGCAAGCUGAACCCUUUGAAUCCUAAUUACAAGUUUCCAUCUUUUCUCUCUGAACAUUUCUGAAUAUUUCCUGUAGGAGUAGUGGGAGAAGUUUUUGAAGUACCAAUAAGAUUCAUAUCUUAUGGUCAUAUUCUUAUAUGUGCUGUAAAUCUUGUGACCACUCUGUGUAAUAAAGCAUUAAAGUUACAAUGGAGAAAUUAAGUUCUUGAUCACUCUUAGGGCUCUAAGGGUUAAGCUUCCUAUUAUUUAUGGGAUGAAAACAAUUUGUUAACCCUAGAGGCCAUACAUUCUUCUUAUUAUUAUUCCAUUUUCUGUAUUGGAGAACAUGAAUGUAAUAUUUUUUUCGCAUGAUUGUUUUCAUUGAUGCAAACAGUGACCCCUUACCUUAUUAUUGACUUGUUACAUAACUGUUAAUUGGGUUCAUUUUCACAGGAAAAUGAGGAGUCUAAAGUGUAUGCUGAUGAGGCUUUCAAGAAAAAUGAGCACUUGAAGAGAGAAAAUGACAGACUGAGGAAUCUGUCUGGUGAUCUUAGUCAACAGGUCUGUUCAGCAAAGUACAUUCAUCCACUUCCCAUAUCUUGUAGUAAAUUUACGCCUCACUGCUUUGUGGUUCAUUAAUUAUCUCUCACUUUUAACCUUCAAUUUGGUGAUAAACUAUGAAUUGUAAUUCCUCUUGAGAAUCUAUUAGGAUGCAUAAAAAAGUGUUACCCACCUCUUUGUUUAACAGUAAUACUCAUAACCUGAUAAAAGUGAUCUGAGUGAGAAAGGUCGUUGUGUGAUAGCCUAAAGGCAGUGUAGUCAGAUGGUCGUGGAGCCAGAUUUCAAGUUUUGAGGUCAUGGCCAAACAUGGUUGUGAUGACUGAUUAUUAUUUUAAUAGGUGCAAGUACUGUUAAAAGAAUGUGAGGAGGCAAGAGGAGGCGUGGUCAGUUCUGAAAGCGGUAUGCACCCCAUGUCAAGUGCAGAGGUCACCAGCUCAUCACAAGUUAUAUCAGAACAUCUGGUCACUUUCAGGUCAGUGAAACUACCAGUAGCUUAAGUUAAGGGAAGCAUUGAACAUCCUACAGCAGAAAUGAUAUAUGCAAAUCCUAAAGAUACAUGUAUCACUGAUAACUGUAUCAGAGAAACAGAAACUGGAAAUAACUUUUUACUAAUUGUGUAAAGCUGGAGAGUGUGGGAGCAAGAGGCUUUUUAAGGUAUUAACAACAUGAUCUAAUGAAGAGAACUAAUCUGAGCUCCCUAAGCCCCUGCCUUAAUGUAGCCAUUCUGUGGAAUUUUAGGCAACACUGUUUCAUUCCCUAUGGUUAAAUUUAGACACAUUUUUGGAUGUAGUGUUGAGUAAGAUGCUUUGACACCAUGUGAAGGCUGAUACAGUAGGACCAAUAAAUUUCCUGUUUUUGUUUUCCGUGAAUGUGCUAGCUGCUCUGUGCCUGCCAAAAAUCCUCAGUAGCUGACUUUCUGUGUGUUUGUAAGGAAUGGUUUAGGCUUUGGCUGUUGUUUCAAUGUUUGAGGUUGCAUGUAAGUGUGAAAUAGCUUCUACCUGUCACAUCUACAUGUAUAGCUGUAGGUCAACUGGCAUAGACAGCAUCUUGUAACAUAAUAAUUUUAUUAAAUGACUUUCCAUUUUUGACUUAUAGGAGCAUUGAGGAGCUUCAGCAGCAGAAUCAGAAGUUGCUUGGAGUAAUCCGAGAAUUAAGUGAGGAGAAAGAGAAAAGGGAAGGAGAUAAUGUGUAAGUUCAGAAGAAAAAAGCAGUUAGUUAUUAAGUCUUGUGUACAACUCCGUCGGGUGAUCAGAAAUUUCACCUUUUUUUUUCAAUGAUCUCAGUUUAUCAUCAUAAUUGGUAAUAUUCUCUUAUUUAUGUUUUUCAGUGUUGAAGGGCUGCAGAAGCAGUUAGAUGUUUCAUUGAAGGAAUUAGAUGGUCUGAAGGAAGCAAGAGAAAGACAGAUGCAGAUGGUUAGUUUAAUUAUGUAGGUUGUGAUGAGUUCGACUGGCCAUCAGACGUGGUUAAGACACUUUGUCCUCCCCCACCUCCACCAAACAAUUUUGUGCCAGUGCUCAAAUUACCUGUAGAAAACAACAAGACAAUGUUGGUUGGAGGGUCAGGGGAGGAGUCCAUAAUGUUGUGGUUUUUAUUUCUAUACCCUGUUUGACAACAGUGCCUCGACAAUUUUGUCACCAAGGUAGUGAUAUUGAUCAAAAAGUUAACAUCCAUAGAAUAUUUUUGUUAAGCAAUUAGGUCCAAAUAAGAGGUCCUCCAAAAGGAGGUUGUACUUAAAUAGACACACUACAGAAUUUGACACAUUGUAAUUUAAAGUCCAAAGUGCAUUGUGUAAAAAAAAAAAAUGUUGAUACUGAACCCUGAUACAUCAAACCCCAUAUAUUAACAAACAUCCCAGUAUAAGGAACAACAUCCUUUGCCUCUAUUAUGGUAAAAUACAUUGAGUGGGACUAGGGGUUGUCAGAAAGUUUUCAUGUUGGCUGCUUUAUUGUUAAAGUAAGUGGCUGGUUUUGGACUUUUUUUUUUUCACUAAAAAAUCAAAAGGAAUAGCACACUUAAGUUGCUGGCCAAAAGCACAAAGCAGGUGGCGAAUUUUGUUGGCUGCCAACUAUAUUUGAAAACCCUUCCCUAUAUGACAUACCCCCACUGUAAUGAAUGACUCUCUCAGACUUUGCGAUUCUCCCAGUUAUUGGUGUUCCAUUUACUUUUUUUGAGCCACAAUAUGCAUAAAGCUAUCACUCUGUCUGAGCAAUCAUCCAUUCAGUCCUCCAUCCUGCUCAUUCAAUUAAAAAGUUCUUAGUUAGUUGAUUAAUUAUUAACAUGAAAUUUGUUGUGAGAAGUAAUAAUUAUAAUCAUCGCUUAAACUGUAGGUUGAGGCAGUCGUUAGGCAGCGUGACAUGUACCGUGUCCUACUGGCCAACAGUGGACAAACACCGGUAAGAAAAGACAGUAAUUACUGGCUUGAAGUAGAAACCUUAUAACUCAGUAAAACAUGGUCCCUACAGUGUCUGUGAAAAGUCUUGGGAAGAUAACUUAUUGGUUUAAUUAUUUAACAUUCCCCCCUUUUUUAGCUGCUCAACCCUCAAACUGGGCUGAAAAUGUUGAGAUUGAGUAUGAUUACACAUUCAAAUGUGGCUCAGUUAAUUGCAUGCUUGCCACUAAAAUUUUACUUCUGCAGUGAACUGAGCUGCUGCAUGGUAAUUUGCCUGGCUGAGACCUUUAAGCUCAUAGCUACUCAGUCAUAGUGGAAACUCCAUAUGUAAACACCUCCCACAAAAAGUUGGCCAUCUUUUCAAAAUACCAAAGGCCCUAUAUCUGGAGCUUCCUAUAAGUGGCCACGACUACAUUUGUGGAUGGUCGCAUCAUAUUGUUCUUAAUCAUUAUUUUUAACCUCCUCUCGUCAACCACAUGACACAUGGUUUGACCUCUGUGUUUGCCAUUUGUACUUCACUACGUAAAGAGUUGAGAGUUCACAAGGAACUUUUAGAGACAAUAUGGCUUUUCUUGCAUUCUAACCUAGAAAUAAUUUCACGUACAAUUAUUGUAUGUGACAUUUUUGGGGGAAAUAAGUAGACUGUGGAAAACCCCCUGUGGUCCCUACCUUUUCAGAGACCACCUCCCGUAGUUAAGUGAGCACUUAAUCUUAGCAUUUUGGGCGGGCUCUUAGAGGAGAUUCCAGUGCUCUUAUAUUAAAGGGUUACAGCUGAAUUAGAGGAAAGGAGGGGAUAAUUCCAUCUCUGCUGCUUUGAAUGCUUAAUGUUAUUUGUUUCCGUAAUAUUUCUGCCCAUUAUUCUAAUAUGCUUUAUGGUUCAUUUUUGCAGAUCCCAACAUCUGAUGUUGACAUCUCUGUGCCGGCCUCCUCUCCCUUGCUCAAGACUCCUGAUAAAACAGGCGCUGAACUUGAGGAAACCAAACUGGCGUUGAAAGAGCUACAGCGACACUUUGAAACUUACAAAGCAGAGAGGUCACAGGCUGAAGAGUAAGUUUGCUUUAUUCUAGAGUUUGACAGAUAGAGAUCAUAGUAACGAUCAGUUAGUAGCUAGCAAAUCCAAGUCACUUUUUUCUCCAUGGGUACUUACCGUUUACGUGGAAAAACUGGAAAUUCUGUUUGGAAAAUCAAAUGGUUUGUGCCAUUCCGUCUGGAAAGCUUCAUUAGUUAUGGGCUGUGAUAUGAGGCGGUGCAUUUUUUCCACUUUUCAAUCUGUUAACAGCCUACUUGAGCACAUUGUUUUCCCAUUACGAUAAAUUCAGUCUAUAGUUUUAUGUUUACGUACAUGUUUUCCACCUGGGUGGUUUGUUUAAAUGAUAAGCACUCCAUGUUUCCAAAAACUCUUUCAGUGAUUUUGUUACAAAUAGUUACGUGUAUGGUGAGUCCUUGGACUAAUCUUGUCAGAAAUCACGAGUCCCAGUCCAGAACCAACCGUGAACCAAUGAGUCCCAGAUAAAGAAAGGAGUCUGAAAUUGAAAAUGCUUAGGCCUUUAUUAACCAGAUAGUUAAUCUGAAGACAGACUCCAAAACUCUGUAUUACAGUAUGCUGAAAUUAAAAUAUAGUCGGUUAGUCCAUCUAUUUUAAAGCACAACAAAGGCUAAAAGAAAUAUGCCUCGUUAAAUAACAGCUAUAAUAACUGGCACAUAAGUUACACGAACGGGAUAAUUCUACAAAUAUACAUGUUCAGAUCGAUUGAUCGAGCUUUGCGUCCCACAGGACGCAUGCUAUAAAUUAUUUUGCGUCUUUGGGGAUUUUUAUGCGUCAGGGAUGCAGGACUCCGAGGUAACAAAAUCACUGCUCUUUUUUCAUUGCUGUCACAGGAAACUCAGUGAAAAGCAGGAGAAAUUGCAGGCUAACAACCUUGAAUUAAAUGGCAGUAAUGCCAGGUUAAAAUCACAGGUGAGUAGUUAUUCAGGUUAUUUCUUUGAGUAGUCCCUGUACGGCGUUUUCCCAGUCCCUCUCGGUCAAUUCAUUUCAGUGACGUAUCCGAUGUGAACGGGCGGGAAAUCUCACAUCGGCAACAGAAAGGAAAGCUUGCAACUAUGUCUCUGGAAUUUGAAUAUCUGCAUCAAAAAAGUCAAUGUAAAAUGCUGAUUGGCAGAGAUGACAUUAGUAAUGACUUCAUUACCCUUUGCUCGUGUUUUUCGAUGUUUGUUUAGAUUCACGCUCGUUUCCGCUUCACGCUGAUUGGCGGAAAUCUGACACCUCAGUCGACGGGGAGCCAUAGGGGAAUCGGAGGUGGAAUUCAAAUUCCAGAGAUGUAGUUGCAAGCUUUCCUUCCCUUUCCCGCCCUGCCGCCAGAGCGCCCCGUAGAGCUUGCUCGCAGGCUAGUUCAUCAGCUGUAUGUCCAAAUUAACUCUUGCCCUAAAUAACUUACCGUUGUACUCAAGCCGAUCCAGCGCCUUGUUGUUGUGUUGUUUUAGCUUGAGUUUGCUGAAGAGCGAUAUGAGAUGCUCAAGUCAAAUGCAGAGGCAUUCAAAAAGGAGGCUUCCGCUGCUUCUGAGAAGUCAAGGAGCUUACAAGUGGCAUACAGCAAGACACAAGCUACUCUUGACUCCACUUCUCAGGUGACUGUUACAAAAAAAUUUCCUUCUUGAGUAUCUCGUGUUAUUUUUUGCUCAGUUUAAACAUUGACAUGAAUAUUAUAGAUUCACAUAUCCACUGCAUCGUGGAAACCUAUCUGAUGGACCUCUCAAGCAGAUCACUGAUUUUUUCCUCCUUACUUAACAGUGUUGGUUAUAAAGAAGUAAACUUCUUUGCUCGACAUAUCAAUACAAUGAAAAUAAACUGCCCGUAGUAUUGCGCUUUACUGGUACACAUUACAGCAUUCAUGACGUGGGGCUCAUACAUUUAUAUGUAUAACUGUACUCGAGGAAACUUAAGGGAAGCGUAAAAGCUUUAAACCUAUGAAAUCAAGGAUGCCUUCGUUUAGUGGUUUUUUUUUUCAAAACCAGGAUUACCCUUGAUGCUAGACAGUAAAACGUCUCUAUGUUGCUCUAAAAUCUGUUGAACGAACGAAAAAGUGAAGUCAACGCGAUAUGCGAGUCAUUUUGUUUAUACUGGAGCCCGGACAACUCCUGGCUUGCAGCUCUCAUAUUGUGCUGCUAUUUUUGCCUUGUUGUACAGUUUCUGGAGCAAAAGGGAGACUGCUCCCUGUCUACCUUAUUCUCCAAAGAUAAAAGUAAGUUUUCUUAGGGGCUACCAAGUACUGCUAGAGUACAGCUCUGCUCGUACUCCAUAAAAUGUGUGUUGACAGCAUAAAAGACCCAUAUUUUGUUUCUGUUUUUAGGAGUUGACAAGUAUCAAGGAAAAGUGCAACAAAAUGGAGGUCAGUCAGGUUUUCUUUGAUACCUAAAGAUUUCUCUGUCAUCUUCAUAAAUUUUGUUUGCAAUGUCCAAAAAUUAAAAUUAAAAUUGAAAACGCUAAAUUGAAUACAAUAUUUCUAGUUCUGCGGCCGCUGUAAGUAGGUGGCCAUAAUUUGUUUAAAAAAGGUAUUUUUCUUCUCAAAUAUUAUAGUAUAUUGUUUUCCUCUGCUUUUUUAUUAUCUGUAUAAUCUACUGCAGGCAUAGUAUUUAAAAACUCAGGUUUUUUUCUAGGAAUUGUCCACUGAGGACCCCAUAGGGCCCACUUCUGAAAUUGUGAAGGGCUACCUUUUCAAGAAAGAGGGCCCAAAGUAUUUGAACAUUCCUUUACCCCCUUGUUUACCCUACCAUACUCAUAAAAAUGAAAUUUAAUACAAUGAAAUGCAUGCAAAAUGGAAAAAUAGCAACUGGGAUCAAUUAAGGUUGCUAGGAAACUGCCCACCUACCCCUCCCCUAACCAAAUAUUUUGCAAACCCUUAUAAAUUUUUUUUUACUUACUUUCUUCUCAAAUUUCAGGUAAUCUGUGAAAAUUUGAAAGCCGAGAAAGCACUGAUGAAGGAAUCGGAGGUUCGCUUAAUGCAGGAAAACAAAAGCUUGCUGGAACAUCAGAAAUCACAGAAUGCUUUAGUUACAAAUCUACAGACCUUACAGGUUAGCUAUCACUGUACUGAUAACAAGGGAUUUAAUCAACCAUCAUGAUGAUGGCAGUGAAAACAUCUCCAAAAAAUUGAAUUAGCAUUCUUUCAAACUUUAUCGUAUUUAUUUUGCCAGGCUCAAUUUGUCAAAUCUGGGCGAAUUUUUCUCGAGUUGAUUCAGGAUUGUAUUCAAGUUCAAGAACAAAAAGUAAAAAUUUACUGUUGUGAGUUUACGUUCUCCAUAAAACGACGCAUUAGGACGCUUCACGUGGGCGUCGUGUAUUGGACGUCAAAGGAAUGUACCAAAACGUUUUUCUCCUAAAACCAAUUGUUUGCCGUACGAACCAAACUUACUGAGUUAAGUUCAUGAAAAGUUUGACAUCUGGCUCAGUAAGUUCGUCUGAAUGAGUUCGGAUCGUCCAACACUCGUCUGCUUCAGACGGAUAGAACGUCUGAAGAUCUUAGACGGGUCAAACGUCGAUCCUCACAUGCGAUGAUCUAACUAAAUUAAUGAAUUAAAAAUUUGUAUGAUAAUGUAUAUUUAGCCUCGUUCGGUAGAAAAUUUAUCUCUGAUGUGACUCAGUUGAUUGGUUCCAUGACUCCUAAGUGUGACCAAACGGACGAUCUUAAUUUAGGUCGACCCUAACUAGAGCUUGGUUCGUCUCGUGAAAUGUUCGACGUUUGGCCUAGGCCUAAGCUUCCUUUAAUGACUCAAUAUAUUGUUCUUUUCUUGAUCCAGCUACUGUGCUCGAAAUGAUCACUUCAGUAUUCAAUUCAAUGCUUCAACACUUUGCAGAAUAAUCUUGAGAGAUCGGAGUUUGAAGCUCGAACAAGACUUGGUGCUCAAGUAGAGACUUUGCAGCGUGAAGUGAAUCUACUGAAGAAGAAGCUAGAAUCUGAAGAGAAGCAUCAUAAGAGUGUUAUCAAUACCUGGGAGGUAGGUGAAGAAUUAGCAAUUAUUGAAUAAGUCUGAGUGGGGUGUGAAGAACUAUGCAGACCGUGGAGGGUGUUAUAUAUUUUUUUUGUCACACGAGACCGGGAUAGAGAACGCUAUAUACUCUAUACAGAUCAGGCCAUUUAACAAUGUAUAUACUCAGGGGUCAGAACUUUCUUCCUUUCCAAUAUGCAGCUACAGUAGCUACUUAAUGAAACAUAUUUAUCUCCUCGGUUACAGAACCGUGUUCAAGAACUGCAAACACAGCUGAAUGCUGAAAUGAAAACCCAUCAACAGGCGAGGGAACAACUGUUAACAUCAACCAGGGAUAUUGAUUCUGUUCAGCUCAGAGUAAGUUGUUAUGAAUAUCUCAUGGAUCUCUCUUAACAUUUUCAGACUCCUCCUAUAAAUUUGGCUUGACCCGAAAAUUAAUGUUCAAGCUUUGCAGUAGUUCCGUCAACUUAUAAAGCUGAGAAGAGAAUAUUGAAAACUCAUGCUUGACCACAAAGACCACAAACCUGAAUUUUUGCUAGACCUUGUUUUCCUCGGUCAUGCUUACCUUAAUUCAUGUACUCUGUCUAUACAUCACUAAGUUACCCAAGAUGAACUCUCCAUUGAUUUGACUGUUAUGUUAAUCUGUGUUUUUGUCUCGCUGUUCCAGUGUACGCAAGCUGAAGCUCAGCUUCAGGCCCGUGAAAAACGCUUAGCUGAAAUUUUAGAGAAAGAAGCUGGAAACCUUCAAGAAGGUAGUUCUUUUGUUUCGCUGUUAUUCUUUCCUUCAAUGCAACACAGUUUCUAAUACAUACGUCUUAGGUGUCGCAACUUAGGGAAAAACUCUAAUGCCGUUGAGCAUUUAAGGUUGUUCAUACCUAUUCUAACCUGUUGUUCUUGUAUUGGUUCGAAAAAAGGCAUCAGCUGUCAUCUUUCGUUAGCUUGAAUACGAAGAUACCCUUCCCAUUCGGGUUUUCACACACGGAGCCACCAACUUUACUCGGCAUGCGUUGAGCUUAUAACCAAGAUCUGCUGAACCUCGUACUGUGCGACGUUUCCAUCUUAACAAUGGGUACGCACUUUGCCCUGUUUGAUAUAGUCACCAAAGUGCUGUUGCAGUAACUGAGCACUUCAACAAUUAACGUUUUGUAACUUAAAGAUGUGCUGACCUCCUCUUCUAAUUUAACAUUUUACUACAAAAGGGUUUAAAAAUCAAAUCGCCUGCCACGCAGACUAAUAAUCAAAUGAAAGUUGUUACAUUGUUUGUUUGUUUUUUACUCAAACUCAGCUGACAAAGAAAGAAUUAGAAAAGAGGUGUCUGAAAAGUACACUGUUAAGGUUCAAGAAUGCGAGUUGAAACUAAACAACGCAGAGGCAAAAAUUAAAGGUUAGUAAGUUUGUUCAUAGUGUCUUCACUUUUAAACUGCUAGUUCUUUUAAACUACUAGUUCUCUUUUCUAAACCCCAGGCAUUAAAAAACUAAGGAGUUUUAAAAGCGACACACUUUGUUUGCCUGUCCACAAACUAAAGUUAUUUUUUGCCUUCCAAAUGGGUUCGCAAACUAUUAGUAGUUGCUUCCUCUACUUGUAUUUCUCAUAAGUAAUGACGGUGGGAUCUGUUCCUCUGUUAGACUAAGACUAAACUCACCGUUAUUAUCAAUUGUGAAUGCGGCGCUCAUCUGAGGGCGAUGCUGAUGUAAAAACAGUACGCAGUGUUUCGUUUUCUUUGUUUUCAUAAAGUGGCAACAAUAUUAUAUUGAUUAUUUUACUCCAAAAUGCAGUUUACCCCCUCCCCCCCCCCUCCCCCCCAACAAGAAAAAAGUUUGCAUAAGUAUUCUUUUUAAGUUCUCUUAUUAGGAUUCUAAAUCCCAAGAGAAAUUGGAAACAAUGCUUAUGCAAAACUUUUGGGGGGAUAAACAAGGUGUAUUAUGGGUAUGUGAAAGUAGCGAAUUGAUAGUGACAUUCCUCAUUGUGAAAUGAGCCUUGUUUCUUUUUUCUUACGGUUUUUUAUUUCAUUUUUUUUUUUUUUCAUAUUUUAGCUCUUGAGGACCAGUUACAACAGGCUAAACAGCAUGCAGAGCAGUAUAAGUCCAUGUCAGAAGCUAAUGAAUCAGCAUUGAGUGAUUUAAAUAAGGUAGGUAACAAACGUAACGUUUUUUCGCGCAUUCUCGAAAAAUAUUCAAGCCGGAAAGCUUCAUUGUACUUUUUUGUUACCUGAAAAAUUAGUGCGGUUACUAAGUAGUGCGCGCGCGUAAGCCAACGUCAUUUUGGCGGGAAAACGUGGUAGCCGUCGUCAUUCUACUAGGAGUUUUAGAGAGAAUGUCGUAGUGGCGGGAACAAGUUAUCAAAUUUUUGAAGUUUAAUCAUUUUGCGACCGGGAAAGGGCUAAACCUCCAAUAAAAAUACUGAGAAAAUCUUGUACUCGUAGUCGUCCUCGUCUCAGAAUUUAAAGCUCUGUAUUAACCAGCGAAAAAUACACUAUGCCAAUUUUUGAACCUUCAAUUUCAUAAAGAACUCUGAUUAUUUUAACUGUGAUUUAUUGGUUCGACCCCUCCCCCUCUGCUGCUUUUGCUUUAUGCGUUUAAACGUAUUUUCAACUGCAGCCUAAAUCUGUUUUUUCCUUUGUCUUGCAAGUAUGCAAAGUUAACCAAAAUUUUGAAUAGGAACUGCCUUUUUUUACUUUUCCCAGACAAGUGAAGAGUUCAAGCAAACAACUGAAAGUAAACUCAGCACAGCCGAGCGAGAGGUUGCACAGUACAAAUCACAAGUUUCCUCCCUUCAGUCUCUCAACCAAGAUCUGAAUGCAGUGAAAGCCAGAAUAACCAGGGAAGCCGAAUCACAGACAAGAAGUUUGCGAGAAAUGUUAAGCAAGGUCAGAGCAGAGUUGGACGAGGCUUUGAAGAAAGCUCAAACGUCUACUUCAGCUGAGAUGACUGCUAAAGAGGAACUGAAGGAACAAGCCAUCUUGGCCGCAGAGGUAGGUCUGACUAUGAGAUCGAGGUCAAAUAUGAUUACAACGGAGUUUUCAAGCCAGCUGUCUGUUCAGAACUCCUACUAAUCGCUGUUGUUGACGUCGAGACGUAGAGAGACGUGACGUAGGGAAUAAGGUUGGUUUGACAGGGGUCUACAUGUGAGUACUCGAAACUCGUUUAUCAGUUAUCUUUUCAGCAGUUUCUACUGAAGCUAUCAGUUAAAAUAUUUCUGCCCAUUUAUCAGCCACUAUUCAUUUUUUUUUUAUCUCAGGUCUCAUCUGUCAGUGAAAAGAAAUCUUAAUUUCUCGGCUGACAUUUAAACGUUUGGCCAAUUCUCAAUUCUCCACUGCUCUUAUUAAACUCCGCUGCAGUUCAAUUCCUCAAAGACCCUUUGACUCAUUGUCCAAUCAAACGGUCCUUGUUGAAUUUUCUGCAACAGAUUUUACACCACAUGUUCUUUUAAAGUUUGAGUAGUUCUAGCUGAGUUUUGCUGUUUCUACACAAGGUUGUCACGUCCCGUGUCCUCUCAGUGUAUUUUAGCUUUCUCCUGUCUUUUGAGUCUGUGGAUGAAUCUUGUAGCGCUACUACUCAAUUGAAACAUCUUUGGGAGUCCUUUCACAGGGUACUACUUUCUUAUAUCUAAUUUAUAAGCCCUUCAAAAAAAACUGAUUAUGUUUUAAGCUUUUGGACUAAUAUUAACUAACUUUGGCACAGUGUAUUGUGAUGAAAGGUCCACUCAUUGACUUCUUUUCUUCCUUAGGCUCAAGAGAAAUAUGAAAGAGAACUAGUGCUUCAUGCUAACGACGUACAGGCAUUAACCACCAUCAAGGAAGAGGUAAAUAAGCUUUUUUGCCAGAAUACAUUCACACAAAGUAAUCAUAUCAGAUUUUUAGGAGUAUAGUUUUUGUCCCAUCUUCAUCCCAUCAUCAGGUAAGUGAUAUCAUGUCUUGCACAAGUCGGGUCCUUUUAUGACCCUGCCUCAUACUUUUCAUCUUGGACAACUGCAUGGCUAAAUGGAGUAUGGGUGUGUUAGAUAUCCAGGAUCGUCCACUAUAUGAGACCAGCUCCUAGAAGGAGACUGCUCCCGUACUUAGAAAUCCUUGUGAUCCAGCCUUGAACAGGCACUCGUGAGAGGGAAACCGAAAGGGAACUGAGAAACAGGCUCCUUUUACCACGGGUUAACACGAUCAGAAACGAUCACAACAUGCCGCCAUUUCCGGGUUGCCUCAAACCUCUAUUUCAAAGUGAAGUUAAGUGCGAAGCCAUUGAUAUGAAAAUGAUAUUUACCCUCAUGCAAAUAAAACUCAUUUUCACAAGAGAGGUUUUGCACUUAACCUGGUUUUGAAAGUGGGAGUUUGUGAAGCUCUGCCUAUGCCCUGUGGGCUUUCUCAAGGCUGCGCUGUGGAGAAGGGGCUUAAAAAGUGAGGUGGUGGAAACUAGCUGGAAACGCCACUGGGGGUUGAUAGCAACGAGCGGAGAGCGUACUUGAGUGGGGAGCGAGCGAUGCCCCCUCUCCAUCUCUCCCUUAAUACUCCCGCUUUCCCUAAUUAUUUGAGUAAGCGGUCGCCAUGCAGCCACUGAGGAUAACGCAGCUCAAUUUCCAUUGUCUUGCAGUCGAAGAGCCCGUGGAAUCCUGGCGCCUGAAUUUGUGUAAACUCUGCUGGAAACGAUUGAGUUGAAUGCGGGCUGUCCUUGUCAUAUAACAUUUUGCUGAUUUUCUUUUUAAGUUUCAAGACCAGAGCAGCAAAUUUAAGGAGAUAGAGGACCGUGCUGUGGCGGCUGAACAAAAGCUACAACAACGCAUGAGCUCAUGGGAAGAACAAAAGAAGGCCAAGGCUUCAGAGACAAAGAAACUAGAGGCUCGGUGUGCUGAUCUUGUUAAUCAGAACUCCACACUACAUAGCCAGUUAGAAAAGGUUUGCUCCCUUAUACAUUGCUCCUCUCAAACAUUGCUUUUAUUUUAUUUUUGCGCGUAAAAUUUACGUGCGUGCACACGUAAAAAUUAUGCUUAAGUGGAAAUCCACCGGUACACAGUCUCUGUUGGCAUUACGUAUGGUUGAGUCACUGUGCAGUGGCUGUUUGAAGUAUCUUCUGUAUUGAUCGGUCACAUUUGUAGAGAGAGUGUUUUUUUUUUAUUUUCCAGUUAAGUGCUCAACUGGCAGUCAGUAAAGAGUCAUCGCUUAACAUUUCCCUGCCCCCUAAAGAAGGCGUUUCUGCUGAAGGGGGUUCAGAAGAUAACAAGACAGUAGAGGAGCUGUGGGAGAUCAUUAGGUAAUUCACGUUCAUAGUAACGGUUUUUGAAUGGUUCAUUUAAAUUGUCCUUCCUAUCAUGCGAAGACACUAGAGCAGAUGAUUAGAGUUUAGACACAAUUAUAUUUCGAUUGUAACAGUAUUUCGUCAUCCAGUUUCCUCAAAGUUAAUUUAUGUCGUCUAACUUGAAAUUGAAACACACGUAGAAAUAUUUGUUUGACAUGAAGGUACGACAAUAGUUUCUUUAUUAGCGUUGAACUUUGUAGACAGGAACUCGCAAAGCUAAGCGAAAUGGACUAAACUGCCCCCCUUGAAAGUUCUUUCGUUUUCAUGGCAGGUUUGUUCGCCGGGAAAAGGAGAUUUCUGAGACAAAAUGUGAACUGUCUCAGUCGGAAAGCAUCCGCUUUCAGCAACGAUGUGAAUACCUGGAAGGUCAGAUAGAAGAGCUGCAGAAGAACAUAACAGAGCAACGGACACAGUCUGAAGUGGACACACAAACUGCAGCUCAGCAUGCAGAGAUUAUGGAGAAAGUAGAAAAGCUCAAUGAACUGACUGAAGCUAAUAAAGUACUGGCGAAUGAGAAGGCUAGUGCAGAGGAGACAGUCCGGGAACUAGUGACAAAGGUACAAUCAAACUCCUGUUUUACAAUAACUGACCGAUUUCCCCGCCCACCAAAGUUUAAAAAAAGUCACAAAAAAUUCAAAUUACCCUCUGGAAAAAAAUCUCAACAAAAUAAUAAAUAGUACUGUGUAAACAUUUUGCCAAAGAGGUCUUAUUUGAAUAGUAACAUCAUAGGAUUUCAUCCACAGACUCAAAAGUUAGAACUACACACUAAAUAAAUAGUACCAUGUGAUAGUACUGCUGAAGAGGUUUCAUUUGAAUGGUAACACCAUAGGAUUUCAUCCACAGACUCAAAAGUUAGAACUACAUACUCAAUAAAUAGUACCAUGUAAAAGUACUUCUGAAGAGGUUUCAUUUGAAUGGUCACACCAUAGGAUUUUAUCCACAGACUCAAAAGUUAGAACUACACACUAAAUAAAUAGUACCAUGUGAAAGUACUGCUGAAGAGGUUUCAUUUAAAUGGUCACAUCACAGGAUUUCAUCCACAGACUCAAAAGUUAGAACUACAAACUAAAUAAAUAGCACCAUGUGAAAGUACUGCUGAGGAGGUUUCAUUUGAAUGGUAACAUCGUAGGAUUUCAUCCACAGACUCAAAAGUUAGAACUACAUACUCAAUAAAUAGUACCAUGUAAAAGUACUUCUGAAGAGGUUUCAUUUGAAUGGUCACACCAUAGGAUUUUAUCCACAGACUCAAAAGUUAGAACUACACACUAAAUAAAUAGUACCAUGUGAAAGUACUGCUGAAGAGGUUUCAUUUAAAUGGUCACAUCACAGGAUUUCAUCCACAGACUCAAAAGUUAGAACUACAAACUAAAUAAAUAGCACCAUGUGAAAGUACUGCUGAGGAGGUUUCAUUUGAAUGGUAACAUCGUAGGAUUUCAUCCACAGACUCAAAAGUUAGAACUACAUACUCAAUAAAUAGUACCAUGUAAAAGUACUUCUGAAGAGGUUUCAUUUGAAUGGUCACACCAUAGGAUUUUAUCCACAGACUCAAAAGUUAGAACUACACACUAAAUAAAUAGUACCAUGUGAAAGUACUGCUGAAGAGGUUUCAUUUAAAUGGUCACAUCACAGGAUUUCAUCCACAGACUCAAAAGUUAGAACUACAAACUAAAUAAAUAGCACCAUGUGAAAGUACUGCUGAGGAGGUUUCAUUUGAAUGGUAACAUCGUAGGAUUUCAUCCACAGACUCAAAAGUUAGAACUACAUACUAAUUAAAUAGUACCAUGUGGAAGUACUGUUGAGGAGGUUUCAUUUGAAUGGUAACAUCAUAGGAUUUCGUCUACAGAUGCAAAAGUUAGAAUCAUAUGAUAAAUGAUCUCACCAUCUUAAACUCAGUCAGGAGCAAAAGGGUUUAUUAUGUAAAAAUGUCCCUCCAUAUGACGUGGUAUCAGUGCGGGUUUUUCACUGUGGAUAGGUGUCCGCAUUAUACAGUGUGGUGUAUGUACUCUGUCAUCGAUGUUGGAAAGUAUACUAGAUUGCUUCCUUUUUAGGAGAGUCUGGUUGGGUUUGUUACAUACUAGUGAGGUCAUUACAGGGAAAUCUCAGACCGAGGCCUAUUAGCGAAGUCAAUACAUCAAGGCCGUGGUCUGAGAUUUCCUUGUAAAUGACCCAACAGACGAGGCUAAUUAGUUAUUUAUUAUAAUAAUAUGGCCUUUUCACUAUGGACCUGAGCCUGCGAUCAAUUAAAACCAAUAACUGAUCAGUGGAUAACUUAAAAAAACACGGUACCUUAAUGGGUUGUACACUUGAGCCGGCGAAACAGUCAGGUGACACUGUUCAGGGUAUACCCUUUUUGACAGCUGUCAAUUGAGUUGAAUUUGAUGAAAUGUGAAAGACAGUUUCAUUCUCUACUGCGAAAGCAAAUUUUAUUUGAGUUAAUAAUUAUUUAAACAUAUCAAAAUUGUUGUCUCUUAGAUCCAGCAGUUGGAGGGAGAGAUGCGACCACUUAAAGUUGAUAUACAGUCAUUAACAACUCAGAAAGAUGCAAUGCUAGCCGAGAAGACUGCUCUGAAAAAUGAGGUAUAAUGUUUUUUCCGUUUGCCCUUAGGGAUGAAAAAAGAACUUUGAGUUGUUGUACUGGCGAAUGUCACCUUCCAGUUGUCAUGGAAGUACCGGCUACUCUCCGAACAUAUAUGCUUUUAUAUUUGUUUCUUAGCACUUCGUUGCGAUGAAAAAAAAAAAGGUAUAUGAAAUAAAGCAAUAUGUGCAAAUAAAGGUGCAAUCCUCGUGGCUAAAAUUCUUUCCCCGGUCGCUCAAAAAAUGCCCUAAAAUGCAUUUCAGGGCCCCCAAAAUUAUUCAACUAAAGACAGAUGUAUACCUUUGCAAGAAUGAAGUAAACGUAUAAUUAAAGAAGCUUUGUCGCGCUGUUUGUCUUAUCCUUUUAAAAAGCUGAGACUUUUUUCUCGCACCAAUUUAAGUUUAAAAAUAAUGGACCGGUUUUCAUUGAAACUGUUUCCUCUCGUCUGUUGCAACGGAUGGAAAUGGAUUGAAACUUGAAAAAGUUGGGCCAACCUUUUCAAGUUUUGCAAAACUCACCAAAAGAGUUAUUAUGGUUGGUGCUUCCUUGUGAAAUUUGUUUGAUAUCUUCUUCAGAACUCUGCAGUAGCAUUCCGUGUAUUGGUAAAGGCACAUUAUACGUUUCUCGGAAACUGCCCACCUACCCCUCCUCUAAGCCAACAUCUUGCCCUAAGUGAGAACUAAGUGUUAAUGUUGGCUUAGGGGAGGGGUAGGUGGGCAGUUUCCUAGAAGCGUAUAAUGAUCCGAAAUGACUUGAGUACAGAAUUGAUCUAAAACAGCGAUAUCCUCGUGACAUUAUACCCCCUUUAAACCACAUUUUGCUUUGAUUUAUCUCAUUUUAGAUCGUUCGAUGGCAAGCUAAAACCAACCAGUUAUCAGAACAGUAUAAGAAUGUUGAUGCUGACGAGUACAAGAGAAUGAAGGAGGAGAAGAAGCAAUUUCAGCAACAGAUUUCCAGUUUAAAGAGCGACAACCAAAGGAUAAGAACCCAAGCGGAAUCACUCAAGUCUGAGUUGUCCAAAACGCAAGGAGAGCUUGCUGGACAAAAGGUAGGGUUUUCCUAGGUGGAUUAUUUCAGUAUUAUUCAGACAGUAAUUCAAAUUGGUUAUAGAAUUUGUCACCAAAAGGUGCGCUUGGGAACUGGUGUCUCAUUUUAAAUGUUAGAGGGGGGCCUGAUGUAAUGCAAACCAAAGUGGUAUCCAUUACAACCCUGGACGCGGGAACCACGCCUGCAGCGGCGCCAUGAAGUGACAUCAUGCAAUAUGUUUUUCUAUAAGGCAUGUAUUUCUUUUUAUAGUGUGUACAUGUUCUACUUACUUACCUGCCUAAGACAGAAACCCUUUACGAUCUUCAGCUUGCAAAUCCACAUAGGUCGUUCUGAGUAGCAUCAGUGAAGCUUGUAGAUUGUUGGUCACAUCACAGAACCGUACGUGAAACAUUAGUUUUGUGCUCUUGGUGAUCCUUUUUCAGGCCAUGUCACAGAAGACAAAUGAUCAAAUAUCAAGUCUGAAGGAGGAACACGAAAAAGCAGUAGCUAAACUUCAGGAGGAGGUUGCAACAUUAAAGAGCACGGUGGAUGCCAAGACUGAAGAAGUCAAUGAGAAAAACAAAACUCUGAAUCAGGUUUGUUCACUUCCUUAGUUACAUUAGCCUUUAGUACUCCGUUGUUAUGGAGACCAAGAAUCAUUAUCAAGACAAAAGGCAAACGUCGGUUUGUACCACUUUACCAAGGUUUCUCUUACUUGACGUUUACUGUUAAUAACAGUCACCCAAAAAUGAGCAGUUUCUUGCCAGUUCCAAAUUUAACAACUUCAGUGUCAGCGUGUUCAGAAGCAAGGGGGGGGGGGGGGGGGGGGGGGGGGGCGCGCAGAAGAAAAAGAAGUAAAAAAACCACUUUUUGUUUUUUAAAAAUUUUUUAAAAAAAUAAAAAACUGUAAAAAAAAACAGGGGGGGGGGGGGGGGGAGGGUUGGGGGAGGAGCACUUGCUAGGUAAAUAGAUAUAAGAUACCAUUUUAUUUUUCUGAGAAUUCUUUAAAAAUAAUACAAAUUCUGUAGAAAAAAACUGGGGGGGGCGCGGAGGGUGGUUGGCGGUCCCCUCGGACCACCCCUCCCAUGAUCCUCUCAUGAUUACAGUAAGGGCGUGUUCGAUUAACCAUAUUCCGGAAUCAGCAUAAAUGGAAAAAAACUCUAGAAGUCACUGGCAUUCAUUGCUUUGCAAUAUCUAAAACUCUGCUGGAAAUAAUAUUUCGAUGUAUGUAACGUUUAAGUGGUCCAAAAAUUAGGGUAGAAGAGUUUUGUAACAAAACUUUUGAGUAUUCUUAUUCCCGAAUACGAUCAAUCUCUCUAUUAGAGACCUUAAGAUCGAGGUUUUUCGGCAUUUCCCGCGAACCUCAAUAUGUCAUGUGACCAGGGCCUUGCCGUUAGGUUCACGUUUGUGCGGCUAGACCACGCUCCAGAGGUAAGUGAUUUACCGCAAGGUUUUUUUGCACCCUAAAACAUCACAGUCCCACGUUUGAGAAGGAAUACUACCUUUUAGAACUCUUUCGCUCCGUUAACCGCAAACCACAGUUUGUCGUUUACAAUUAAAUGACCAAACAUCGAUCUCAACGUCUCUAUUGUCCUGUUAUCUGUUCUUGUUUUUAGGUAAUAAUGAUAUUAAUAAUGUUAAAGGGUUAUGCAUUGUGCUUGUUUUCAGGUCAAGAGAAUAGCUCGUCGUUAUAAAACCCAAGUGGAUGAGCAGACAAAGGAGAUGGAAGAGCUCAAGAAGAAAGUUGAGGAGUCUGGGCAACAGUCUGCUGCAGAAGGAACUGCUGCUUCAGGAGCAUCUGCUGCACCUGCAGACAAUGUUGAUGUAACUUCUUACGAGAACAAGAUUAAAGAGCUAACAGAGCAGGUUAAAAACACUGAAGAAGAGGUGAAGAAACUCAAAGAGUUAGAUGAACAGAACAAGGUGGGUGGUCCAGUCCUUGAUGAUACCUACUUUUUUUGUGUGCGUAGUCGGUAAGCUGUCGUGAUGUUAGAUUUGCGAUCGGAAAGUCAGGUUGUGUGUAGAGACAUCUGUGCUCUUCCGCCCUACUUUAUUAAUUUGGAAUAAUCAUUUGAUGUAAUAUAUUCAACCCGACUUGAUUUAAUUUUGAAUCAUCAUUUGAUGCAAAAUAUUCAACACAAGAAAGAGUUGUUUAUCAAGUUGGGAGAGAAAUUAUAUGAUAGUAGUAGGCUUGACUAAAUCACCCAUGCACCCUCAAAAGUUUUACUGUCGGCCCUUGCGGAUAACUGUUCGGACCGCGCUAUCUUUUACCUUUGUGGAUUGUUUUAAAGUUUGAGUGUACAUCGGCGGAUCGUCUGUGCGUGAGCCUUUUGGCUUGCAGUACUCCCUGCUACUAAGUGGUAGCUAAACCAAAGAUAAACCGUAGGGUGGAGGGAACACUCGGUUGACUUUAACCAGUAUGUGAAAGUCAAAGUCGUUGCCUAAACCAUUUGAUAUGGGCUCGUCUUUCACUCGGUUGACUUUAACCAGUAUGUGAAAGUCAAAGUCGUUGCCUAAACCAUUUGAUAUGGGCUCGUCUUUCUAUAUGCAACUGUCAGAGUCAGCGCUUUGUGCCUUAAAUUCGUUUGUCUUUAAAUUGAAUUUUGUUCGUCUGAUUUUUGUUAUUUCAUUUAUGUUCUUGUAGGUUUCGUUGAAAGAAAAAGAGGAUAAGAACAAGACGGUGUUGAUUCAAGCCCGAUCAAAGCUGCAACAACUUACAGGUAUGCGAAGGAAGGAGGCGCUUUACAGUCAACAGCUGUACCGUGGCAAAAAGCAACUUAAAGGGACCGUGGCACGAGGAUAUUGCUGUGCUGAAUUCAUCACUAAGAGCCCAUACGCAAAAUGCUCCAUUAGAGAUAUGUAGAAAACAUCGAACAAAUUUCAUCAGGGGACAUUAACCAUAAUAUUUUUGUGUGUGUAUGGUAGUGAUUAAACAGUAGAAUGAGAGUGUGGCAAUAUCCCCCAGAAUGCAGGGAAAGUUCGUGAAUAAAUUCCUCAAAGUAAUGCUUCAUUUUGUGCUUUCGGCGCAACCUCCUGGUGCAAACAUUAGUAACAGUUGAGCUUCAGGUUCUUAGCUGCUUUGCGUUCUCUUUUGUCAGCCACCAAAGACAGAGUGAAUGCAGAAAAUGAAGAUCUCAAGAAGAAGCAGAAAUCUUUGAGCGAUGACAAUGAGAAUUUGAGUCAACGAUUGGGUGAACUGGAGAUGAGGUCGACCGUUGUGAAAUCUCAGUACGAGGGAAGGAUAACAAGGUUAGAAAAGGAGUUACAGGAUGCUAAGGAGGGUAAAGAGAAGUUAGAGAAGUCUUUUGAUGGUACAAAGAAGCAACUUGAAGACAUUCAGCAAAAACACGAUCAGUAAGUCAAUGACUUUACUUGACUUUUUACUCCAAUAUCUUGAUAAAUGAUUCCAUUAACGGAUGGUUGACAGUUACAGAAGAAACCGUGCGAGUCAUAAAGUAAAGGAGGAAUGUGCACUUGAUUCUUUGAAGAAAUAAAACACCUUUUUUGUUUUAAGUUUAAGCCCCAGCCAAAGGGAAAUGCAGGUUGAUACAAGGUUUGGAAAUUUUACUUAUAAGAAGAUAAAUAAUUAAAUGUUGAUCCUGCGCUUAAAGAAUUAGGGACUUAUCACAUAAGCCGGGCGGGACUGGUUUGCCAGGCUAGCUCACUCUGCACGUUAUUCAAACGCAACAAAAACCACCUUUGUUUCUGCAAGACAACCAAACCAGCCUUCCCGGUAUCGUGAUACCUGGAUCUGAUCAACCGGGAUGGAAAUUUUCAUGUAAUUGCCCUGAAUUGCACUCACCGGGCCAGCCUCCUACUUUAAUUUUGGAAAUUUCACGCAGACGUGCAAGUUUGCUUAGUUGGUUGCAUUUGCACUUUCGUGCGUAAUCGAAUCAAUAAUGUAUUCACUUAGUUUUGAAAAUAUAGAACAAAUCACUCACCUAGCCUGCAGCUCUGCAAAUUGAUUGGAACAAAAUAAAGUUUUUACAUACGAAAAAGGUUCAACUCCCACAGGAUUGGUUUGACAGACCAACAUGGCGGACGUGACUUCAUGUCAAAAGGGUCUAUAAGUUGUUAAACAAAUAUUUCUUGCUUGAAAUACAGGGAAACUGCAAAGUUUCAACAGAAGCUUCAACAGUACCAGGCGUUAAUCCAGAAGCAGCAAAUGAGGAUCAAGUCUCUAACAGCAGCUUCUGCAAACUCUAUCUCCAGACCAGCCCCAGGGGAGACUGCUGGAGCGGAGGCGUCUGCAACCCAAGGUUUGUUAGAAAUUCAUGAGAUAUUAAGUCUCCGAGGUCCAAAUAUAUUUGUUCAAUUUAGGUUCCUUUCAUUUCUUAUUUCAAAUAUUUUUUCCUCUGGCUUUUUUUCCCUUGGUGGUGGUGUUUUUUUUUUCUGCACAUUUUUUUGGUUUUUGUCUUGGUAAAACUCCUUCCACCCUGCCGUUUUAUGUUCUUCAGAACUCCUUCCACUCGCACGGAAUAAAUUUAUUUUUAUUUAUUUAUUGUAUUUUUUUAAUAAUCCUCUCUCCUUGUGGACCUUUUCAGGGAUAAUGAAACAAAUAAUUCAAAUGGAACACAACAUUGAACUCGGGACUACCGAGAACAAAUCCAGUUGGAAUUCAGGGCGGGACUUGAACUAGGAGCCUCCGACCUACAAGUCCAGCGCGCUAACCGCUCGGCCACGCCGCCUCCUUUUUUCGGUUAUGUAUUUUGGGGUAGAAUUACUGAUUUCUACUGGCAUAAUUUGACAAUCGUGAUAGGUAGACCACAAAGAUGAAGAACUGUGUUACCCUCAAAUGGUGCAGGCGGUGAAAUUUGCCUGCCUGUGUUGCUGCAACUCGUUUGGUUUCAUUUUAGAUUUUCUGUAAGAGCUAUGCGACCUUAAGUCUGCUCUGUCAGUUAGAUUUCAGGUUGCCGGGUGUAUGUUAUUAUUAAGCUGGAAAUUGAAUAGCUAAGAAGUUUUUUCGGUUUCAUUUUCCUUUUGUUUAUAAUGAAAAUAGCCCGGGAUCAUGCAUAGAGUAGCUGGGCAAAAUCCGCAGCCCCUGGCCCUUAGUGAUUUCAGGACUAUGAUUUAGAACUCCUUUUGGAAAUCGUUUAUUGCAGAAGCCCCGAGCACUGCUUCGACUGCACCACCAGUGUCACUGGUACCUCCAACAGCAACAAUCAAACCCACCACCACCCCCACAGCCAUUAAACGGGCAGGCCCUAAGGCAAGCAUCAGACCCAUAGCAGUGGCACCAACACAGAGCACCCCAACCCCCACAGCAACUGUUUUACCCACUGUCACCUCCACCCCGUCAGAAGCCGCCAGUGUAAGCGGAGUCAUGAGGGCAACUGGGACAGUUAUUUCUACAGCCAGCAGUGUUUCUACCUCUGUUCCAACAACAGUGUCUGUGCGUCCUAUUACAAGCACUGAAGAAGAUCAGCAACAACCGCCAGAGUGAGUAAAUUGCGGUCUUUGUGCAAUAGGCCUUUUGCUAUAGCUGGUCUCGUGAUCAACUUUGUGAAAACACGAAAAUAGUUCGCUUUUAGAAAAUGUUGUCAGCAGUAACUGAAAGAGCGUAUUAAAAAUGUAACUUAUAACUGUUCAGCCGUACAUCUCAAAAGUAGCGAUUGCAACGGCCGCCGAAAAUUAGAAGGAUUUGUAUGAGAAAAACAACUCUUGCCACUCAAUCACGCUUGAGUGGUUUUCCAUCAGCACAAAUCCUUGUAAAUUUUAGAAUUUCCAAACUGUCGUUAAAUCUUUCCCUUACGCAUUUAAGGGCUCAAAUUGUCUGUCAUGAAUAAAAAGGAGAUUUGAGCCCUGUAAUGCUAAAAGAAAUAUUUUAUGACAGUUUGAAAAUUUCGAAAUUUACAAGGAUUCGUAUGGAAAACCCAUUGUUUUCUGCCAUUUUAGGGGAGAAUCAGAAGUGUCAUCUACAGAAGUGACAGCUAGCGAGCAACUGCACCCUAUGCCGUCAACAGCUGUGGUGUCCGGCAAACGACAGAGAGACGAGCCUCAGGCGACUGACAGGUAUGUUGGGUACAUAGACGUGGGCUUUAAAAGAGCUGACUAACGAUUGACUCCUUGUCCUACUUGACACGUACUAAACUUCAUUUGUAAAGUUUUUGUCAUCCACUGAGUUUUAACUGGUGGGUUGCUUCGCAGUACCUUUAUAAGCUAACCUGAAAGGCCAAAGAACUUCCUUAGUCAAGCGUCUCCCUCUCGGAAUCCAGAUGAUCUAACGAAUGGCUCCUAUGAUUACCACCUCGAGAAUGGAACGUGCCCAGGGUGAAGUCAAGAGCGGGAAAAUCUGAAAUGAUCUUGAAAUUAAUUUCCUCAAAAGUCGUCGAAUUUCUCCAAAUUAUCAAAGCAAAGUUCAGCAUCAAGUACUUUAAAGGGUGCACGCCGCAAGGAGUUCUUCUUGCUUUAAAAAAAAUGUUAACUGACAAGGGUAUAUGGUUCAAUAACAGUUUCCUGCAUCAAUAACAAUUAUUGGAUGAGGCUAAGGAUGAUAUGAAGAAUUAUGCAGAUCUCGGAAGGUGUUAUCCACCGAAGCCGAAAGUUUCUCGACAAUUUCCCAGGGUAUGAACGGAUGUUUUUUUCGUGUAAAAGCAAAUGACAUCCUUCUAGUGGUAUUCCUGUCUAUUCCUGCUACCUUUUUGAGUCAAUAACUCGGGUAUCGUCUCCUUGCAUAGCGUGCGCCACGUUUUCGAGCUCUGCGCUGUCAAAACAGCUAAGCCGCCACCUGGCUUUCUCUGCGUGACGUCAAUUGUCCAAUAAUUACUCUGUUAUUUACGAUUGGUGUCAACUGUAAAAUAAGAGCAAAGUUAUCUCCUAUCUUCCAAAUCAGUCGGUUAGUACUUACUCUUUAUGAAGAAUUAGCUGGGAUAAUUAAGCCGAUCAAAACGGAGAAAUAUUUUUAAGGAAUAAUAAUGCUAGUUUAUGUUACGUGGACCUUUUACAUCGUUUUUGAUCGUUUGUUGUAGAAGUACCACUGAGGUUGCAGAAGGUACCAGCACAGAGGAAGAACCUGUGUCAAAGAAAAUCAGAACUGCUGAGGUUAGUAAGCUUUUGAUACUCUUGUAGUGAAUAACGGUAAAGUACAAUCUUGGACAAAACGUGUUAAGAAUUUUGCACUUUCUUACUCACAGGAAACCCACCCUGCGCAUUUGGCACCAUUGUGACCCCUCUCCCUACCCCUCCCUGGUCAAUAGGGAGUUUAAGAUACCACAACGACGACAACGGCGAAAACGUCACUUAAAAAGUGACUUCACGUUCUUUGAAACUGCAGCGCGAUUAUCACAACUCCCUCACUUUGUCCAAUGUAGGCAAACCUUCCUGGAUUUGAAUUCUUAAGAAAAAUAUUCACGUUUAAAGAGAGCCGAGAGAAAUUCGUCGUCGUAUGUUCACGUUGUCGAUAAAACGUGAAAUUAGGCAAUUCACGUCGUCUUAGUUUAAUAGGUAAAUGAUUCCAGAGGUGUAAUUGUAUGUUGUGUAUGUGUUGAAUAACGCAGUCUCUUUGUGAUACAAUUUCACAGCUCUGGCUUGCUAGAAUUGUGUGCCAUUUGUAUUUCCAUAGCAGGUUCCGUUUGAAGGAGAAGUAGGAACAUCACAGGAAGCUGUUGUAGAGGAGGCAACCACAGCCGAGGAACCAGACAAUCAACUUGAAGAGGAAGAAGAAGAACUGGAAGAGACGGCUGAUUUCCUUGAAGGUGAUGAGGGCGAAGAUGAAUGUGCAGUGGAAGAAGAAAUGGAAGAAGGAGAUGAAGGGGACGAGGAGGAAGAAGAAGAAGAAGAGCUUGGUAAGGCUGGGCCGGUGGAUGCAGGGAAACCUGUGGUAGUCGCACCAGAAGUUGUGCUGAUUGAAAGUGAUGAAGAAGAGGAAAAAGACGAGCAGUAUGAAGAACGUGGAGGUAGGCAAUGUUUGCUCUGUUUACCUUCUAUAUUGUGGCCCACCUCUCUUACGGCCUCUCUUACGGAAUUGAACCUGGAGCUAUGUGAAUUUACGCGAACACCGGGCCCAAAUUUAAGCCGGGAAUUUAUUUUGUUUUUCUGUCAAUGGUGUUGCAAGCGAACCCUUCGGGUAUAGUCUAAUAUUCAGUUCCAUAAAAUUUGCGUUUUCGUUAAGAUUAUGAAGAAAUGGAGGAAGGGGAGGAAGAAGAAGAAGACGAGGAAGAAGAGUACGUGGAAGGAGAUGGCGAUGAAGGAGAAGAGGAAGACAUUGAGGUCGAAGAGGAAGAGGAGGGCGAGGAAGCGGAGGAGGCAGAAGAGGGAAAGCACGAGGUGGUGGAAGUAAUUGAUGAUGAUGAAGUAGAUGAAGAUGUUGGGGAAGGACAAACAGUGGACGAUACACCGUUAGAGGAAGAAGCAGGAGAGGACAUCGAGGAAGGUGAGUAUGUUCAACGACAUGCAUUGUUGGGGGAACCACAUUGACAACUAGUAAGGAGAAAGGGGUGCUAAUCACGGUAAGUGCGUAAAGAGCUAAUCAUGUCAUCUUGAUUGACUUUGUCACCAACAGAAGAGGAUGUGGCUGAAAGAAUUGAACAGGUGCAAACUGAAGUACAGCAGACUGAGACAUCGCAGACAACUGAGGAAAGAGAAAUCUCAACAACUCAACAACAUAACGUGCCAGAAACGGAAGGCCCGCUAAUGGGGGGAGAACACCGAGUAACACCUCCUCCGACUGCCCCAGUUGCACAAAGACUUCUCCGUGCUAGGUCUCAUCUAGCUCCCUUUUCAUUCCCUCAGGUAGGUCUUGUACUUGUAGGGGUAAGUCAUGUCACACUAUACUAUUUUUUGCCCCAGCAGGUCUUAUCAAUUCAGAUUAUUUUGGGUCAUCGUUCAUCGCCUUAUAAUACAAUAUCAAGGGUACCAUCGUUUGUCUCUCGAAGUGGCCACUAACUGGCAGCUCGUAUUCAACAGGAGACAAAAUCGACUGAACAUUUGUCCCCUGGUGUGGUCUGACGGCCAGUUGACCAUGAUUGUUGGACGUGUUCAAGUGAAUUUACAAUGAGGAAAACACCUUAUAAUCACUCGUUAUUGCUAUUUUAAGCUCAUUACUAACGGAUGAGCUUGGGCAACCUUGCACGUGGCCUCCACCAAAGCCAUUGUUACAAUGGAGUAGUCAGUGGAGCACUGACCCGAUAUUAGGGAGUUUACGCAACGAUGUGAAUUUGCGCUGCCUCAAACUUUAUAGCGCUUACUCCAUCUCGUUUAAUUCGUCAAAUGUUGGCAAAUUUUUUUGGAGUUGAAUUCUAAAGGACUGCAUCAAAGUUCAGGAGAAGAAAGUUGUUGUCUUGUGUUCCCGUCCUCGACAAAACGUGAAAUAUAGCAGUUUCACCUUGUGGUCGUGCAACGACGGCAGAGAUAUGUCCAAAAAAGCGUGAUGCGCGUGCAAAGUUGUUGUUUAGUUUAUCUUAACCUAUUGCUUUUUUGCCGCUCUCGUUGCCGUCGUCGUCGUCGUCGUUGUGUAAACUCCAUAUAAUUACUAGAGCGAGGGAAUAGAGGGAAAAAAACUUGAAAGCUGGCGGCACGUGAAGCUUAGUAGAUGUAAAGAGAAGACCCUGGUCUGCCGCACUCAGCUGUGUCGGGGGUGGGGGGCGUCCGCUGACCGGCAUUUUCCAGAUUUAAACAGAUAAUCUUGCGUCAAUUACUUCAGCCACCCACCUAGCUAUACCACUAUUAAGUGUUAAUCCCCUCUUAUCCUUGGAUCCCUCUAUUUUGUGUCUCAGGGUCAACCAGCGCCAGGUCCGUUUAAUGAUGAAGAGGACUGCAUGGUACCUAGUACUCCUACUUUGUAUGUUCCAAAGAGAACUGAUGGAUUUGCAGAGGCUAUAAGGUAAUGAAAAAUGCAAAACGAGUACUGUGAGUAUUUAAGUUUUUAAGGUAUGAAAAGUCUUUUUUUGUAGUACGAACCCAGAAAUGCGUAAGGGAGACCCUUGAUAGGUUCCUUGAGAGAGAAUUUUCAAUGUUAUGUCUUUCUUUUCUUUUCCUUUUUCCUUUUUUGUUUUUGGUACCCUCAGCUCUCCUCAGAUUAAUCUUCCAACCUUCUCAUUUGGGGCACAUGGCGAGGCGUCGAUGUCAACUGCUGGAGGUCUGGAGCUGGGCAUGUCUGAAGAAGGUCGGUCAUAAGGUUUAAGGAUACUUACAUUUUCUCAUAAAGUAGCUCGCAUGCGAUGAUCAAAACAGUUUUAAAAUACCAAAACCUACUACUCUGUCGCUUUGGUAUUAGAAGAAAAAAAUCGCCAAGUGAUGAAAACAAAAAAUAUUACCUUUGGAGAAAAUUAUGGCUGAAAAAAGAAACUUUACUUAAUAUAUUAUACGAGAAGUACUUCGUUCUGCAAACAGUGAAGUGAGAAAAACGAGUCGCGGACCUGUUUUUGCAAACCAUUUUCUAAGGAUCUAAAAUUCGGAUGACACACUUGCACGUGUUUAAAAUAGCGUCGAUCGUAAACCUUAACGGGAACGUACAGUGAAUGAAAUUUGCAAUAUUUCUUCAGGCAGUUAACCGUGAAUGAUACAAUUUCCUUGCAGGGCUCCGUGUGGAUGACACCCAAGUGGACCUGAUGGGGGGCUCAGAUGAAGCAUCCAAUGAAAGGUCCUCAUUUGUGGUUCCCACAGGUAGGGCAUUAAGGAACCAAAAAUCAAGAAAGGCCUGUAGGAGCUGCGAGGAAGACAGGAAGGCAGGAAAGUCUAAAGUUUUAAGGAUUUUGAGGCAGAGAAUAGGAAGGAAGAAUCAGAUAACUGUAUUACUUAGUCCUACAAGGAGAAGGCGAGGUAGACGAAAAGGUAGAUUAGAUAGUUUUUGAGGUACUUAUGAGAGUCAUGCACAGUUUGGUACGUCCUUGGGAAGCAAAUCUACAAGCAAUUGUUUAAGGUUGUGUACUUCAAUACAACGAGCUCUUUUGGUGAACAUUCAGAUGUCAGCACUUUUGAGUUACCACUCCGGAACCCCCUUUCCCUCUUUCGCUGGGAUUUUCAUUUCAUUUUAUCUAUUUUUUUUUUUACAUUAUUGCGAGAAUCCCGCGACUUUGUUCAGUGGGUGGGGGUGUAGACAGUACUGAAGUGAGGACGCACUUAUCAAGACGAACAAGGCGUCGACUGCUUCGCGCGGCGCACAAGGUUGUAAAAUGGUAUACCCAGCAACUCUGUCAUUAAUUUUAGUAAGCAGUUUAAAAUGUGGGGGGGAAAGGACACAUGCCUGAAAAGAGUCUGGAAUUCGCGAACUCGUGCUCGAAGCGGACGAAGCCAGUAACUCAGUAUUACCAUAUUUACUCGAUUAAACGCCGCAAUAGUAAACAUCUUUCUGUUUUACAUGACAUUUACAAAUGAUUUAUCUUACUUGUUGUCGGAUAUGUAAGGAAUGUAAUUUUGAAAAAAAGGCCGCCCUUUAAAAAAUGACUCAUCGAAAAUGCUUAAAAUUCAACGAACGCCGCGACGUUUGAUCGAAUAAGUACGGUAUGUUGUUGGUUGAUUUCCCACAGGGUUACCAGAAACGUCGGAAGCUAACAGUCAACCCAACCAGCGUCUCCCAAGCACGAGCUCUGAUACAAGGCAGCUGUCUUUAGAAAGCCUGGAAAGUGAACCAGAAGGGGGUAGCAUCGCUACAGUGCCAGCAAUCAGAAUAACAGAGGUUUCCGAAGAAUCCAAUGAACAAAAUGUGCCUGUCUCACAGGCUCAUCCCGAGAGUCUUGAAACAGAAGUGGCGGAGUUGUUGGAAGAAACAGAGAAAGAAGACGAAGAUGCUGGAGGCAGUCAAGAGGCAGAAGCUAAAGACAGGUACUGCAGGAUGCUUGGUGCUUUACUUAUGUCACGUAUAGAGGAUAUGUCACAAGGAUAUUACUGUGCCAAAGGCAUUGCUUAGUGCCUCUAUCCAUACGCCAAAUGCUCCUGUAGAGUUAUAAAGAGGAUUUCAUCAGCGAGCACGGACCAUCAUAAUGUUUUUGGUAAUAACAUUAAAACUUGAAAAAGUUGGCGCAAUUUUUCCAAGAUUUAAUCCAUGUCCAUCCUUGCCAUCCGUUGCAACAAACGACUGGAAACAUUUCAAUGCCUAAUUAUAGUCUUGAAUAACAAAACUGGACCAUUAUUUUGGAAUUUAAUUGAUGCAGAAACAGGUUUUAGCUUUUUAAAAUGAUAGUAAAUAGCGUGACAUAGCCCCUGAAAGUUUCACAUAAAACAGAAACUUUUAUGCAGUGAUCGUUAUUGAUAAGAUUACCUCACCUUUUGAUAUAACAUCUUUUGUUUUCCUUUUUCUUCGGUGCAACAAGUGAAUGUGUCGAACCUGUCCAAGAGGAUACUUCCCAGCCAGGAACCUCAGGUAAAAAUACAACCAUGUUAUUUAUUGAUUUAUUGAUUUAUUGAUUUAUUCAUUUAUUCAUUUAAUACAAUAGUGAAGGUGAAUUGUUAGAAUGCUUAAAACUAAAAUUCAAGAAAAAAUCCCUGAUCUUAUUUUGUAAAAUAAUGAAAAUCAAAUAAAACGUUGGGAAAAUACUGUGGAGAAGGUAUCAUUUAAUGGUGACACGGUUGGUUUUGUUUCGUCCACAGUCGUCACAUGGUAUACCAAAGUAUGGGCCAAUAUUUGCCAAUCAUUGAUCUUCAUUGUUUGUGUGUUUUUCUUUCAGGAGAGUCCUCUAGUUCAAGUACAUCAUCAUCUAGUACAGGAUCUCAACUUCCCUUAGGAGCAGGGGCCGCAGCAAAACCAAAACAAGGUAAAUGCCUGGUUUAACGUAUUAUUUAUUUAUUUCAUUUUAUUUUAUUUUAUUUUAUUUUGAAGUACCUUUCCUUGUGUUGCCUUUGCGACUAUGACGACGAAGGAAGUUGAAGCAAUAGGCCUUUUUCAAACAUACCAUAAUACUCCUUGUUGUCCCUCCAAAAUUUUUGCAUAAGCAUUGUUUUCAAUUUCUCUUGGGGCGAUUGUAAGUCCCAAGAGAAAUUGAAAACAAUGCUUAUGCAAAAUUUUGGAGGGACAGCAAAGAGUAUUAUAGUAUUUUUGAAAAAGGCCUAUUUAUUGGAGCUAUUAAGUGCCAAUUUAUUUCGAAGUUUGCGCGAUUAUUCCACCCCCAUCAAUGUGCCAGAUGCGCGGGGCUUUUUUGCUCUGAAUGGCCAGAGACCGCGUACGUGUUGAAGAACAGGAAGGAAAAAUCGAUUGUUGCGUGUUCGUUUUCAUAAGCGUUUUAUCAGGAAAUGUAACAUCACCCUACCCAAGUCGUCAAGAAAGAACCUGCUGAGUUGCUUUUUUUCUUUGUGUUCUUGUUUGUUGGUUGUUUGGUGUUAAUUUUUCAUUGCCUUUGUCGUCGUUGCGUAAGCUCUAAUAUAUGGUUAUUCCCUUGGUGAGUCUAGGAGUUGAGAAUUAAUUUACAUAGUAGUGAAGACCUUAUAGGGUGAAUACAGCUUGUCACAAUAAUAAUUGCGUUUGUGUACAGAUCCUAACCGACCUAAGGCUACAGUGGUGCAGUUGAGAAGGCCUGGUGCAUCAGCUACCUGGUCUCAAACAAGGGGGGGUCACCAAGUACAAAGAGGUAUGUGUGAACAAAAAAUUGACUGUGAAAACUGAAAUGACUAGCACUUUGAAUCUACAAUGCUAUACAUAAAAUUGGUUCUUUUGUUAAAUCAAAUGACUUCUACUUGGGAUAAAUUCUACACUCCAGAAAUACUCGUCCCACCUGCCGAAAAAGGGUUACUCCUUUUUUAAAGAGAGACACUUCUGGCUUCUACAUUGUUCCAUGAACUCAACUUUUACCACCUUUUUAGGUUUGGCUUUGGUACAGAGGACAAAAAAACAGCUGUUUCUAAAGUCGCUAUCAGAAAGGGUUUCUGGAUAUACCUAAUUCAAUAAAGGUUUCUUUGGCAAUUGGUCAUUGAUCAUUUUGGGUAUACAGAACUCACUACAAUGAUUUGCUUGAGUGACCACCAAACAAUAGCUUUUGAAUCAGCUAUAUUCAUUCAAAGCAAAUUGUUUUUAUUCCAAAGGUGCUCCUGCGUCUGGGAGAGUGCGUCGAUUAAGAAGAGAUCCUGUAAGAGGUAAAAUGUUUGUCCUUUACAGUUCUCUCACUUUAUCUAACCUUGCAUAAUAUGGACUAUCAGAUUGCUAGUGCGGCAGACAGACCGCUCGGCCACGCUACCCCUUAUAGUCUACCGCCUUUUCUCUCUUCCCUCUUCCCUAUCAACCCAAAACCCAUGACUGCCAUGUUAACUCUUACAUUGCUUAUUGUGGAAAAUUUCUCAAAGAAAUUGAAGCUGACACCAGUUUGCUGGCUUGUGUCAUAGGACCGUCAACUCGUGGGCGCGGGACACCCAUAUCCCGCGGGAGAGGAAACGGGACAUCAAGAGGAGGGCAAACGUGAAGUAAACUCUGUCAAUAAUUUUGUAACCUAAGAUUUUAAUUUUAAAGUUUUUGUACAUAAUAAAGUAAUAACUUCUCAUAUAGUUUCCUUUUUGUUGUUUCUAGGCAAGUCAUUUACUAAAGCUAAGCAUUAAAUUCAAG